GGUAAAUAAACAUGGCGGACAGCUGACACCCGGAAUGUUUUAAAUAUUCUAAUAGCAACUCAGAUCUGUCGUGAUAUAUCUUGAACAUCUGUCCCCAGAAAAACCACCGUGAUGAGAGUUUACGGUACUAAUUUCGCUUCAAAAGUGUUAGGAGUUCAUUGCAGUGAGAGUACUCCAUGAUGACAGACAAAGUGUUCACUACCCGAAACUUUGAAGGAGAAAGACGAUCUAUUCCUUUGCCCAUUCAGACAUACUUCUGGCGGCAAACAAGGUAUUAUUUCAUAAAGCAAUUUACUUUCAACGCAGGCGACCUUCCCUGUGAAUACAAAAGCAGCACUUUUCAAGAAGUGCCUGAUCUAUUAUCUCCUUAAAGCUAACCCAAUUUUCUCAGCUAAGCGUUUUCGGGCACGAUUCAAGCGAAAAUGUCUUGACCACCGCCUGCUAGAUUAAGUACAUACUUUAAUAAUUCACAUGAAACUUUACCUCAAAUGUUCUUUUGCUAAUUGAUCUUUUGCGUAUAGCUUAAUAUUCUUCUCACAAUAUUCACUGAAACGUUUUGACAUAAUAGUCAUUUUGAGAGCAGCGUAACUACAAUUUACAGAUGUCAAUCAAGAAACCUUCACCAGUCGUGACUCUUUUACUACCAAACCACUUGAAGUGUUCCUUUCUAGUCCUUUAAACUUUAACCUAAACUAAUCAAUUAGCCACCAAGCUGUCAACAGUCAAGCCACUAAAACUAUCUUGCAUUCUCUCAAAACUUUAAUAAUUUAAAUCUAAAAUAUUAAAUAUUUAUCUUUCUGGUUCUUUGAAUACUCAGCAUCAAUGAGCUACUUAGACACUUCUCUCAAACCCCUUAUCCCCCUGUACUGUUGCUCCAAGUUAAAGGCCUCAUGUUCCUACCUGGUACACCUUUAAUGAAAUCAUACCUUUAAAAAAAAAACCUUUAAACUGAAAUGUUUGACGGUGCCUCUUGUGAGGUAGAAAAAGAAACAGUGUUAUAGCUCACUCAAUACGAGGUAUGCCCCAAAGAAAGUUAUGACUUGUAAUCCACUAAUAAUACUCACACGAUAGCAAUUCAUGAACAUUGAAAACAAUGUUACACCUGUAUCUAAUUAUUGAAUUUAUGGCAGUUGAACUUCUGGUUACUCUGGUUUCUGAUAUCUUGCAAUGAUACAAAGGCCAGUUGACUUCCAAAUCACAUUCGGUCGCAUAAUCAAUGAGAAAUCUCAUCAUCAUAUGAAAUUUAUAAUCUGGACAAAAUAAACUGUGCUUUUGAAACGUCAUGCAGAGUGCAUGAAAUUUCUAAUGUUGUUCCAAAUCUAAUAAUGAUAAGUUUCCUCUGCAAAAUAUACUCCGAGGUCUACUGAUAGGGUGCCAAAAAUAUUGGGAAAUUAUGCGGAAUUUCCAGGAAGUAUCAUUACAAGGCAGAAAAGUUUCAUUAUGUAGUAAACUGUGUGAAUUCUCUGGAAAAGAUUAGGCAGGCAUAAAAAAAAAUUAUAACUCGAUUAGAUGCACAAUAACAUUGCAGAUUUCAGUGUCUAUACUUGAUGUUUCCAGUCCUAAAAAGCCUUAAAUUAGUAUUUAAGUUUGUGAGUUUUUGGACAAUAAAUGCAUUUAGUAUCAAUCAUUAGAUUUCUUAUAAACUACUGCAAUCAGGGACCAAUUUAAUAAGUAUAGUUUACAAUUGUGGCUUUUGUUUUCACACUCCAAAACAAUAGCUACGCUUGUAUUAGUUGUAAACAUUUUAUUAAAAUGAUCCCAGAUUAGAUUUGAGAUCAAAUAUUAUUGCAUAAUAUCAAAGUGUUGACAGCAGUGUUUUUUAAUGCUUGUUUUAGUCAACUUCUGAAGCCAAAGCUUGUCAGGAGAAAUUAUGAGUCAGCCUGUGUGGUAAGUAUGGCAAGCAAGUUAUGCUUAAGUUGACAGACAAAUUUAUUGCAGAUCAGUGAUUUUAAUCAAAAUAACCAGUAGUAAAAAAUGUAACCCUGUGAUGAACCAGUAGGUCAUCUAGAAGGGAGAAGAAAUUAUCGUAGUUCCUUCAUAAAUCCAGAAAUCCAAACACUUUCUCCAUAUACGUACUUGCAUAAUUAUCUUAUGGUUACAAAGAUAAGAUGUGGAUCAGAAGAUCCCUUUUUAUUCUGAUCUUGCUAAAUUGAUUCCAUCCCUCAUCACUCAAAGCUGAUUUCAGGACAGAAAUGUCUCACAAUCCACAUGAACACUAUAAUUAUAAACAUUAUAUACAUUAACCUGCUAUGAAUCUGCUAGAACAUUUUAUUACAAUAAUCUUUUAAUAUUCCAUUUUAAUUGUUUCAUUUUCUUAUUCUGUGAAUAAUUACAUGUAUUUUAUUUUACCUAUGUGCAUCAAAACCAAGAAUCCCCUUGUGGGGCAGCACAGGGUCAGGGAAGAAAGGGGCCAGAAGCUAGUUUAAGGUGCACCUAAGCAAUCAGACUCAAAUGGCCUGAUCUUAUUGAUUAGGUUUCUGUCACAUGGAGUAUUUAGGAGUAUUGUUACUGAUCCCCGUGACACGUGUUAGUCCAUCACCGGGUUACCCUGACCAACAGCAUGCCAAUUCUGGUACCUAUUUAUACACUUACUGUAGUUUUAAAGAGAGACAAAGUGGAGAAAAGUUUCUUGUUAAAGAAAACAACACAAUGGUAAGACUUGUAAACCCUCACUUACGGAUUAAAAGUUUGAGGUGUUAACAACUUGGCUGCUACUACACUUUGUCUGGGGCAGGUAUGAGGGGAGAGGGCAAAGGAGCUUUCUCUCCUUAAUUCCUCUAAGGUGAAUGAAGAUAAAAAUACUAGUACAGUUGAACGCCUACAUAUAAGUGUGACCAGCAGUCAUAAGCGACCACUUACACUAUCCAAAAUACCAAAAUCAGUUUUCUAGUCAAAGCAUUGUUAACCCUUUGCGUCAGUUAUUCAAACCGAGUUCAGCCAGUGUUUAACAAAUUUGUGUUCUAAGCCAGUAGUUUACUAAAUGCCUAUAUCUAAACACAAGUUAUUGUGAACAGUUUCAUGGAAGAAUCAUGGCGGACUGGAGAAACAUUUUUCUUCCUUAAGUAACCCACUUAAAAAGAGAUCUGGAGGUCCAAUGAUUUCUUAAAUCACGGUCCAAGUCAGAUUUUGUCUAAUAAACUGACCCUUUAAGGCCCUAAUUGUCCUGACUGAAGUCCAUACAUUUCCGCAAAUCCAGCAUUUGAUAAAAGAUCAAAGCACUUUUCUAUUGGUGACCAUUUUAGUAAUCCUCAUGAUGAUAUAUGGAUUUUGUCAGGAGAAAAUUGAUUCUUGGGAACUACAGGGUUGAUAGCUGGAUCCUCUUGUAAGCAACCACCCCAUAAGGGAUCACCAAAUGUUGAUGUUUAACCCAUUUGCUCCUGGAGAUUUUGCCGAAAAACGCAUUUUGAAGCUAGUCGAGUGGUUUUCUGGUCACUGUCGUGCUAUAAAGAGCUAAAACUUACCACAAACUGGUUUACAGGUCGAACACUUUGCAGCCUUCUGAUCCAGAUGCAAAAUAUCAGCUUGCAAAGUUCGGGCAUGCGCAGAAAGCAAAAUUUCGAGAUAGUUUUUGGGUUUAAAAGUGACACAGCAGUCUUGACUUUUACUUUUCGCUUUCUCUCCUCCCUUCUUUUUUCGCUUUUCUUGCCUCAUUUUUUUUUUCUCUUGCUGGGCAUUUAGUAGGCUUCAUUUUGGUGGGAAGAGUUUUUAGGAAAGCUUUUAGGAUCUUAGGAUUAGGUGAAAGGAAAGGUAGGUGGGUAAUGGAACAAGAUUUUCAUGGAGAUUUUCAGGUCAAUGUCACGUGGUUUUUUGCUUGUUUAUCCGGUGUCCUUGACUAAAUUGUGCUCAUUCUGGUAUGGUUUGAAAGAUCUGUUCACUCUGCACAAGUUAGCAAAGAAAGUUGUCCUUGACCGUUAAAACUGAUGACGUCACAAUGGGUAGAAAGGACCUGGAUCCGCACGGGCGGUUACGGGCGGUUCAGGGGCGAAUGGGUUAAUCAAAAAACCUAAAAAUGGCCUUUUACCAACUUUUUCACCUGAUUUUACAUGAAAUAGACAGAUUUGGUUGCUUUAUGCUGAAAAGUGGAUUUUUUUCAAAAAUCUUGGUACUUUGCUUAAGUGGCUGCUCAGUGGCGGAUCCAGACCUCAGAUGACAGGGGGUUUGGUCAUCCAGACCCUGAGAUAAUGGGGAGGGGACAGUCUCAAAAGAAUUUUUUUUCAGCCCUUUGGGCCUCAGUUUGGUCUAAAAAAUAAGGGGGUGCCCAAGUCCCCCGGGCCCCUCCCCUAGGUCCGCCACAGCUGUUUAUGAGAGAUCCCACUAAACCAGCAAAAAAUUAAGAAGAAAUAAAUCAUUAUCUUACGUCUUGAAUUUUGUUGACAUAAGAAGGUGGCUUACACUUCAGCUUCUAUUGUUUUGAUUUACAGUAGGUUUGAAGCUCUUUUCUUAGGCUAAGCAGAAAAUUAUGUGAGAAGAGGUAGGGGGGGCUCAGGAAGUUGGCAGGUUUGUGGGCUAUCGUGUGUUUUCAAGACUUCAAGACUUAAUUAUAAAUUUUCUAAAGAAUAUUUUUACAAGUGUCCUGGCGCUGCAAAUAGUUGUAGCUGCUUGGUUAAGAUUGCUCUGCUACCUUAAUUUAAGUUAAUUGGAAUACUUAAUUAUCCUCACCCUUUACGGGGCUUUUCAGGGAUAACAAAGCAAAUAAUUUAAAAUAAUGGAACUUAAUAAGGUUAAAAAUCCCAAAUGCUAGAAAGCGAACCAGUUGGCUAUUUUACAAGUGUGGCCGAGGAUAUGAAAUCAGGACUACCGUGAACAACUCCAACUAGGGUCAGGGUGGGACUUGAACUCCGGGCCUCCGAAUUACAAGUUCCAGUGCUCUAACACCACUUGGCCAUUUGCCUCCACACAGGACGCCUACCAUCCAAAGUGUUCUUUUGGCUUAGAGUUUAACUUAUUUCAAUUCCAAUUGUGAUUUUACUUCAGUCUUUUGCUUUCCAUUGCUAAAGAGUACCCAGCCUAAGUUAUCUAUUUCAAUUCAUUUAAGCAUUUUUUUGUUUCCUUUUUAUGCAGUCAUUUGAACGGAUUAUCUGUGAGAACAGGAUCCAAGACCUACAACCCAGUUUAGCGAGUGCCGUUAAGAGCAUCAACCGAUGGCAUCUGAUUCAGUCUUCAGUGCCUUAUAUCCUGCAAUGCUGCUCCAAGCUUCUUUCAAACAGAUGUCGCAUGGGAAAUGUAGAGAGACUUGGAAAUGCCGAACGCGAACUUUUGUACACCCUCCACUGGAUCUUGCUUGAGGGGCCUCGUGUUUGCUGUGUUGUGGACUCUGAAAGCUUGCUUUACCCUCAAACGAUAAUAGAGCAGUUUGUGCACGUGUUGAUUCCACAUGUCUACAGCAUGCGCGAAAAUGACCUGACGUUUAGGUUAGAAAAUGGCAUGGCAAUCUGGGGACCUCUUUGGAAGCACGAAACGCCACUUCUGGUGCCAUUUACAAGCAAGGUGUUAAAGAAAGAUACUGGCAAUCAGGCGGGUUCCUUGGUGGGGCAGAGUCAGUCGGGUGCAGAAUCAGAUCCAGAUUUUACAAGUUCUACCUUCUUUGAUGUUGCUGUUCUGAAGUGUCUGUCAUCAAGCGGUUGGGCAGAGGAUGGUGUUGUCUGGGCUCUCCGUUACCUUGCUCUGUACCUUAAGCGCGAGUUUGACCUUCCAGAUGAUAUUGUUAGCAGAGAAUCCUCGGUCUCCAAUAUUCCUGUUUAUGUUUCUCCGGGGCAAAGCAUCUGUACGGAUGGUACACCUUUGGAUGUUGUUGUUAAGAAGUCAAGUUCUCAUAAAGAACCGACAGAUAAUGGGUUACUGAGAAACACUGAUGAAGCCUUGAAUAAUGACAAAGCUGAGAGUCUGAAUGAAGGUGGUGAGCAAUCAGUAUCUGUGUGCCAAACUACAGAUAAAAACAGCGAGAGUACAGCCAAACAAGGGCUUGGUAUUAGCAAAGGUGUUGAAAAAGUAGAUGCAGCAGCCUCUUUUGGUGUGACUGAUGCUGGAAACGAAAGUUUUAGAGUAACAAGCAAUGGAAUCUCUGGUUCUUAUAAGCGAACUUCUGAAGAUAGGGAUACAAUGGAAACUGAUCGUAGUUCUGAUGAGAGAACUGGAAAAUCCGGACUGGAGCGAAGUGGUUCCAUUAAGCUGAGAAUAAGGUUGCAGUCCUCCCCUCUUUUAUCACAAGGAGGAAGAGUGAUAACAGCUGUAGCAUGCCCAUCCACGAGUCCAGUCCAAUACGACAGUGGUGAUAUGAAGGGUGGUGAUAGUCUCCAGAACACGAGCAAUGUAGGAACAUUUCAAAACACUAAAGUUUACAUACAACCAUCUAGUACACUUCAGUCACCUCCAGCUGAAAAAAGUAGUUUGACUACUCAAGGCAGGGAUGGGUUGUCACUUGAUGUUAAACCCGAUGAAGGCAAGCCUGACACUGGUUUGAAGUCAGAGCCUAAAUUAAAUUUACUUGGUGGAGUACCCGAUGGACAAGCAAUGACAGUGCUUGAAGGUGAUGGUGAUGCUCAAGAAAGUACUCGAAACUCGGACACUUCUUCCAGUGCAUUUGAGAGUGCAGGAGGCGAGGAAAGUACUCAUGCAGAAGCCUCUGUGAAUGAAGGCAAUGCAGGGAGUGUCUUAAAUGCGAUGGCAUACAAGCAUCUUUCGGAGAGACCAAGCUCUAGUCAAGCUAGCAGUAGCUCAGGAGAAAGUGAAAGCCAACCAUUGUUGAACUCCUCAAAAACGGCAACUUCUGCACCCGUUUCUGUCUUGGAGCCCUUUGAUACUCCUCGCAGCAGUAUCGGCAACCAACAAGAUUCAGUGAUGAAAGUGGAAAGGUACUUUGUCUUCCCUGGAACUGCGGACUACAUCACAACAGACGGCAGACUCAGCAUUUUGAUGAUUCUAAAAGCGCUCAACAGUCUCUUGCGCGACAACCCCACAUCCCGGAUAUGCCAGGCCAGCCUGACCAUCUUACGCUAUUUGUUAACAAUUCAUGAAGGCAAUAAAUCCCAGCAAAGUGGGAGCUCCGAAGGAUAUGAUGAUAGAACAGUCGCCGAGACUCAAGCUGUGGGUUUUAGGAGUCCUCACAGUGAAAAUGUCCUGGGUAGACUGCGUGCAAGCUUUUAUGGACGACCUCCAAGCUUCCUCAGUCUUGCAAUGGGCUGCCUGGUUAGCCUUGUCAAAUCGCUGGGCUGUCCUUUAGGUAAAGUAUAUACUUGGCGUUAACUUGUUAUUCCUUAGCUAACAUGCGUGUGUGGUAAUCUAUUAAACAUUGGCUCAGGCGAGGGGUAGUGUCCAGUCAAACCUGGGGAGGCCUAUAUUUGUUUAGUGGGUGGUACACCACUGAAGAGACCCAUCAAUAUGGUUUUCAGGGAUUUAGCGAAAUUUAAAGCUCAGGAUGUUUCGAUGUAUAUGUAUAUCCCUACCCUGGUAAUCAGAGGAUCUUUUCUGCCCAUGGAAAGUCUCCGGCACCCAGGGUAGUGUAACCUUAUUAGGAAAAUUUUUGAGAUAACUUUUUAUGUAUUACUCGUAAAGCUGAGGAGAGUUUGUUCUUGGUGUCAGGUUGUGGAGAAGGCUGUCGUGGGAUCACAGGUGAUCGCCUCAGAAAUCUUUCCAACGAUCUCCUCUCACAACUCUUUCGCACCGAUCAAAGGGAGUUCAAGUCAUGGCUUCAGCAGUUUGCCCGAUUGGAACCUCAUGAAGACUUGGUUGACUUCCUUCACGCUUUAGUUGGAUUCUGUGAAGAUGAUCAGGAACAAUCUGAUGACGAGAUGACACUUGAACCAAAGCACAAGAAGCAGAAGAAUUUAUUCAACGUCCCCGAAGGAGUAAACAGCGUCAUUAUUGGAGGAGUUUUUAAGACUCUGCUUACUAGAGUGGCGGAGAUGAAUUUUCGUGAUCUUAAAAAUUUGGUAAGUGCUGGAGAUGUACCCUUGCUUCUGAUUCGCACAGUCGGUUAGUGCGUGGCCUCCCGUGCGGGAGGUCCCGAGUUCGAAUCCCCGGUGUAACCUUAAAUCCUUGUUUUGAUUUGCGUUCUUUCCUUUCCGUGUGCUGGUGAAGGGAGGGGGUAAAAUGUGCUCACCGUUUGCCUCAGGAUUGUAAGUUUAAGCGGAUCAUCAUCAUACGUUUCUGGGAAACUGCCAACCUACCCCUCCCCUUAGCCAACAUUAACACUUAGUUCUCACUUAGGGUAAAAUGUUGGCCUAGGGGAGGGGAAGGUAGGCAGUUUCCCAGAAACGUACUAUGAUCCCAAAUAUUUAUCCACUUCAGAGAUCCAGGCGCAGCAAAACGCUGGUUUCCACUAGCGCGGGGUCGCGCGGAGUUUUGAACUAGUGAGGAAAACAGCUUUCUGAUUUCGUUUACGACUCCGUCGCUUACAGUACGAUAUAGACAAAACUAGCGGUGUGUCGGAGUCGGAAGAAGAAGCGGAUAAGCUAAACCAAUCACAGCGCGUGGGAUCGAUUAUUUGGUGUAGUUGAUUCUUCCACUUCCGCUUCCGACUCCGAUAGUCCCCUAGGAUGGACGCUCGAAUGAGGAAAUCGUCCAAAGCUAGCGAAGAAAAAAAAAUUGGCCAGUCGAGGGGAAACCUGUAUAGAAAAAGGCGUCCUCUUUUCGGCCAUUUCGCUCUCCCCAGUCCUGCCGAGCCUCGACAUGACUGACUGAUUUUAAUUUUUCCGAGUCCGAUUCCGUGGGCCCGUACGACUCUUAUUCUUUUUAUUUUCACUCGGUCAUAAGACCUAUUAGGACCCCGCUUACAAUUCCGUCGCUAGUUCAAAAAAGCCUGUUAAAAAAGUUCCUGUUUCAUUCGCCAUUUGUACUCCCUGGUUCUAGAGGUUUUUCGUGAUAUUUUUCUUCGCAAGCCGCGAAGCGGUAGACUACGAGUUGUCUCCAUUUUUCCUCCGGGAUAGUAGAGCGAGCGAAACGUGAGCGCGCGUGAAAAUCACCCCAAGUAGGGGUGGUUUUCACGCUCGCUCGCGUUUCACUCGCUCUACUAUCCCGGAGGAAAAAUGGAGACAACUCGUAUUCAACGAAGCGGCGACAACGGAAAAUUUUCAAGAAAAACCUCUGGGACAAGGGUACCAUUUGCUCGUCUCCUUAAUGAUUUCUGCGGUAUUGUGCCUUUUAAACGUAAAUCAACAAAGUAGGAAGUAAAUGUCAUUUUAAUUUAUUUUUACCACAGACUUUUUACGGUGAACUACGCCAACUUUUGAGGUUUGUCAAGGAGAACUAUGGAGGCGUGUUCUGGAAAGUUGCCUUGAGUGGACUUCUUGAUUCAGCCUUCAAAGAACCAAAAGACCAGACUGAUGCAAACAAAGUCCCAGAGCAAGACACCUUGACGAGAGGGGCAGUGGGAAAAGUACAGAGAAAGGAGACGAAAAUCGCAAAAGUUGAGAGGACGAUAACUUAUCGGACCAAGCGAAAGUUCCUACAGAAGUUUAGCAGGGUUACAACUGAGAGUUCAGAUAGCGGGAGUACCAGCUCGUCGAAAUUAUCGUCUGUUGUCGAUUCCCCUUCUGUGGAAAUGGCUUUAUCUCCUAGAAGCAAAAGAAAGGUAGAUGCCCGUUUUCCCGGGCGAUUUUGUCGGGAUUUUUGUUGCAAUGGUGAAACGAUUUUAGGUGCAAACGGUGAUUUGUUGCUGUGAAAUGCCGCCGUUGUUUCGAACCUGCGCGAAAUGUGACACGUUUCAUUUGGGAAUUUCCGCCCGAGAGUAGCCAAAACCUUACAAAAAAAAUGAACCAAAUGCAUCAAUAAGUGUAGUGUAAAGGAGAGUUGUUGUUUUGCUAGUUUCCAAUACCAUUCUGUCUCUAGAGCUUCAAAUCUUACCCCAGGGCUUAGCCUUUGGGUAGUCCUUUUGAAACAAACCGUCAGAAGACACGCUGGUGAGCGAACGGCAACAAGGGACAAGAAAUAAAAAAAGCACACAAAGGGCUUUUACAAGAUUCCAUCGUGUUACUAAUUGUUUACUCACAUUUCUGACUAUUUUGUACCACAAUAUGACAGUUUGUUGCAAAAAGCUAACUACUUACUUAACGAUGGCUUGUUCUGUAACUGCAGAUUUUCACUCUUGGUACGUGGAGAAAACAAAAGACCGUUGGAACACCAUUUGGCAGUGUUGAGGAUCUCUUAGAUUCAGAAUCCACAACCGAGCAGACUUCAACCGCGAAGCGAAAGCAUCUCAAGACUAAAUCUGCCAGCAGGAAAAAACUAGAGGACAUCUUCCCUAUAUCACGGAAAAUACCAGACGGAACUCCAUCAGAGCAGUCGCUGCCUAUAGAUAUUGUGGUGCAGGAGUUUGAGACAAAGCCUGUUGAUAUAGAAGCCUUACGAGCUGGGAUGGUAAGGUUUAGGUUUCUUCUCCAUGGAUGUCAGCCGGGAUCUGUUCCUGAUCCUAAGAUUGUAGCCUCAAUGUUGGACUUGGUGAGUUUGAACUUAUAUUUAGAGACUGUGUAUCCCCUUUAACCAUUUACCCCUUUUCGCUUGGCUUCCAAAGCCAGUUUGGAGAAAUUAAAAGGUCUUACAACCUUUGGAUUUGUGGAAGAGAUUCUAAAAUGUGACCUCGGAGCAACACUUUCCUGUAGUGCUAUUUUAGUGACUGGAAAUUUUGUUUUUGUGAAAGGAAUCCUAAAGUGUAACCAUUUGAAGGGAACGAAAUCUGUCCCGCAAUUGUUUAUGGGAUCGUUACUGAGGAGGCGCCGGUCAGUUUUUGGCCAUUUUCUCCCUCUCCUUGGUAAACGUCCCAGAGGUCUUUGCGGAAGUUUGCUCUGCCUAUUUUCCCUCUAAAGUGGUGAAUUCAAACGAGAGCUUCCGAUCUUUGGUACUAGGGACCUUACGAAACCACGAGGACGAUGGCAACGGGAACUUCAAAAAAACCAAUAGGUUUAAUGAGCAAAACAACAACUCUGCACGUACAUCACGCUUUUUUGUACAUUUAUUUGCCUUCAAUGCACAACUACGACGUGAAAUGACCAAAUUUUAAGUUUACUUGGGAACGGGAACGGCAAGGCCAUGAAUUCUACCAUCUCUGUCCGAACUUGAGGGCGUUCCCCUCUCUUCAGCUCCAGCCAAAAUUCCCUUCUUUUAAGUAACACGGCGAACUGGGAUUAUCGCGAAAAAGUUUAAAAUGAUGCGAAGUCUGUUUUUCAGCGACGUUUUCAUGGACGUCGCCGUUGUCGGAUCAUAAGGUCCCUAUUAUCUGUUAUUCGCUAACUGGGAGUUCUGGACCACUCUCCCACUCCAGUACCUGAUAUGAAGUCAUGUCCUAGCUAAUGUUAAUGCUGUGAUAACAUACAGGAAGCACCAGCAAUAGCCAGAGCAUCGCUUCUACUUGAAUGUUGUCUCUUAGUCAACAUGUGUAACCAAGGUGAAUGGCCUCAGUGGUUAAGAGCCAGCCUGCCAUCGUUAGCCCAUCGUCGAGGGGGACACUCACCAUCCGGUGCUUCUCCCUUCAUGUUUGCUCAGCGCCGUAACCUCGUAGCCAUGCAUGAGGCUGGAGUCUUGUUCCGGGCUUGGGGCGUAGCGUUAGGGAAGAAACUGGAGCAGGUGCUGGCAAAACAUAGGAGGAAUAUUUUGCCAUCUAUUGAAGAGGAAGGAGGAAAGCCAGUCGUAGGGGAUGAAGAAGACAUCGAGGAAGACUUCCUUGAUGAAGGUUAGUAACUCAUGGCUCACCAUUGUAUUGUUCGCCUCGUUCUUCUUGCCGUCCCCUGACGCGCGAGAGAGUACGAGAAGAGGAGUGAUGCUGCAAACAAGGUUGUAAUGAUUGCAAGUCCUUAAGACCUUUAAGUUCCAGCCUUUUUCCUUAGAGGUACCGAUUUGGAACCCUCAAAAAAAUGGUAGAUCGUUUCCAAAAAAACAACGACAACAAAGAACAAAAAACCAAGAAGUUAGGACUGGAAAUCAUCUUUGAAGAAAACAUGCAAAUUUCGUGGAAUGCUUUUUUUGGUAGAUGAACGUUUAUCUGGAUGUGGUAUGAAGUUGUUCUGUAAAUUAGGCUUCUUAUUAUUUUUAUUGUACAAUUAACCAUCUAAUUAUGUAUAUUUUCUUUUGGCUGCUUUUCUUAAUUUAUUUAAAUGGCCUUCUCCCAUUUUUUUUUGAAGCAACUUUGAGUGAAUCCGUCAAGGUAUGUCCUUAUCCUUUGCUGAUGAUAGCAUGCCAGCUUCUUCUGGAGAUAACGUCUUUUUUGCGUGAGAGCCAUGGUCUCUACUCCGUCACCAAACCCACCUAUAGACCCCUGCAUCGUUAUAUUGUACCUAGAAGAAGACAGAGUGUUACAAGUCAUCGACGAUCUAUCGUACUUUCACCCGAGACACAACAGCGUCGUUUGAGUAGUUUAUUCGGUGGUGGGGGAGAGAGAAUUCGGCGAGCGAGCGUUUUGAGCCAAGCAUCGGUGCAAACCGAGUUCAAUUCUAGUCCCAGUCGAACCUUGCAGGAACCUCCGAUGAUAACAGUUUCAGAAACCGAUCCUGGCAGCACGAAACUUGAAGCACCAGAUCAAGAAGGGAAGAGAGAACGGCGCGAUAGUACUGGGCAAGCUGGGAACCGCUCAAGCCUGUACUUUCCCCGUCAAAGUGCUCAGCAUUCACCCAAAACAGCCAAACGAAUAGCCAGGCGCAGUGCUGUUGGUGGAGAAGGUGAAUCAGUGAGGUUUAGAUCGAAGUCUACAAAGUGUGAUAGCAAACAUCUCAGUGUGGACGCAAAUGUUGUUGAUGACGAUGACGAGUCAGAUGAUGAAGACCCAACAGCUAAUUUACCAUGGUUGAGCGCCGUCAUCCAGUUAAAUAGCUUGACUGCUUUCCUGUGCGACCAUCAAGGGGUGUGCCACCUCAACUGCCAUCAGCGGCAAAGCCGCAGCUGUACUCGAAUGGUACAGGCGUUGAAGACGGUUUACCGUUCUCCAAAUAAGGUUGACAAGAUCCCUGAAAGAGGUUUGACAAAGGUAGUUAGCAGUGCUUUGAUCAGUGCACCACAGAUGGGAUCAGCAGAGCAGGUCUCCAUGAAGCAAAAGGAUGAUGAGGAGAUGACAACGUAUAUAUCAUCAAACGUAAGUCAUGACAUCGACGUUCCUUGCAGUAGGUUUCUCCAGUAUAUUUGUCAAUUAUUUCAAAUCGGUCGGAAAACUCCGAGUGUCCUUAUCCCGCCCUUGCCCUUCCAGACAUUGGUCUCCCAUAGCUCAGUUGCGAGAGUGUCCAUCUGCAAUGUCAUAGAGUCAUCUCUCAUUUGGAAUGCUCAAACCGUUUUCUUUAAGUAUAACAAUUUGACCACACCAUGGAUAACACCAUGGAUACUCCGAGUGUCCUUAUCCUACCGUUUCCUUUCCAGACAGUGAUCACAUAUAGCUCAGUAAGGAGAGUUUUAUCUGGUAUCUGGAAUGUCAUAGGGUCAUUUCCCAUUGGGAAUGCUCAAAACGUUUUCUUGAAGUGUAAUAUUUUGACCACACCAUUUCGCACCAGGGAUACUCUGAUAUUCUCAGUCCCACCCGUGCCCUGGCUUCCAGGCAGUGGCCUCCCAUACCUCAGUGGCAAGAGUGUCCAUAUGGAAUCUGGAGUGUCAUGGGGUCAUCUCCCAUUUGGAAUGCUCAAAACGUUUUCUGUAAGCGUGACAAUUUGACCACACCAUUUCAUAUAAGGGAUACUCUGAGUGGCUCCAUCCCACCCUUGACCUUCCAGACAUUGGUCAUUCAUAGCUCAGUGGCUAGUAUGUCCAUGCGAUGUCUGGAUUUCCAUGGGAACAUCUUCCAUUUGGGAUGCUCAAAACUUGUUCUUUAAGUGUGACAACUUGACAUAAUUGCUUAACACAAUUAAGACUGUUUUGUUGUUAUUCAGAUUUCCAGCCUGACCCAUUGUCCUUUCUCAGUGAUUGCUAAGGCCGGCACUGUCAUUGAAACAGAACAUCUGCUGGAAACACUUCCUGUGGCAUGGGAACUGCUACUCGACGAGGACCAACAACUGGUCUCAUCUGCAGGUAGGUCAAUGGUAACAGGCAGGAGAGGAUAAGAAGGAGGAGCAUGAUCCUCCGGUUGAUCGUAGUCCUGAAUAGGACUUUUGUUGACAGUGAUUGACGUUUCGACAAUCCUCAUCUUUGAUCUGAAGAUGACUACAGCACAGGUUGUCGAACGUCAGUCACUGUCAACAAUAAUAGUCGUAUUCAGGAUUACGGUCACCCGAUCGACUAUCAUGCUGCUUCUACUUAUGAAAUGACUCCUGGGCUCAGACCUUUUACAAAGAGAGGUUGGAAAGACACAAAGUAGAGUUAAGGUUUUUAUCUGAACACAACACUUUCAGUCUCUAGUGGAUACACAGAAAAAAAAAUGGAAAUCUCACAAGGCUGCGCAUUUGUUUUUCGUUUCUUUGCUGUAAUGAAACUCGCUGUUGAAGAAGUGUUGUCGUACCCUCUUGUUUGCCAACUUACAUUUCUUUUAUUGGGUUUAGCUUCAGUGUUUCUCCUGACUGCAGUCCGUCUCAGAGACACAGUAGAACAGAUGUUACACAAAGAACUUGUGUGUGCAGAUGCCAAUGACCGAGUCAAGUCUCUUCAGAGGUAGGCACUUGUAGAGUUUUAGGCAAAAUUUGUUGCCACUGAGUUAUCUCUCCUCUUUGGCUUUGGAUUUGCCUUCUAUCUCAAGAACAAAAAGGAUUAUUAUUGUAUACAGCUUCAUUUUGAGUGUGCCUACGAAACCCUUCGCAUAGGACUACUAAAGUGAAAGGUUUUCCAUAACACAGCGAUUGAGGUACUAAUUGAUCAAUCACAACACGUGCAGAGAGUAAGUAAACCAAUCAGAUCUAAACAAUCAAAUUUAGGCGCCGCCAAGCGCGGGAAAACGCUCGUGGACAAGUGACGAUUGGUUUUGAAUUUCUUCUGAUUGGUUUCAGAAGUUGCGUGAUAUAUUUUAGCCAAUAAAAAGGCGUAGCAGGGCUUAAGGUGGCUCCGUCACUAAUAUUGGAGCAUUUAACGGUGACAAAUUUUCCUUCAUAACUUUUUCGUUUUUGGAGCGAUGGCUGUGAAACUUUGCAAAGAAUAACAGAUAUCAUUCGGCAAUAGUACGAAAUAUUCCGAUUUCAUAGAUGGUAAAUAUUUCUUGAGAAAUUAGCGCUUAAAAGGACCUUAGUGUUCAAAGAAAAUCGCUUCUAGUAAAAAAUUUUGCUGAUAUUUUUUACUGAAAUUUCUGGUAUGGGCUUUCAUUGACAUAAUAAAUAUGCCGGAGAAAUUUCAGAAAAAUCGUUGGAGCAGGAGUCCGUAACUAAAAGUCGCUCAAAAUUCAGCUGUGAAAUUGUUUUGGAAUUUCAAAAAUAAAUUAAGCUCAGGUAGAAGAAGCCACCAGUUUGAGUUUUCAGGACAAGUAAAUUCGAUGUUUGCCAAAAAUAAAAACAAAAGCUGAUUGCCUAUCGUGCUAUUCUUUAAAAGGUACUUUUUAGUUUUAGAAGCACCAUAAAUUGCUCCAAACCUUGCUCUGACGUCGAAUGACUUGUUCUUCGACAUUUUUAAAAUAUCUCUCGGCAGUUUUGGUUCAAACUCCUGCUACAAACAUUUUGUUGUAUUGCAAUGCAUCCUCAACGGCUUUUUCUGCUGAACGUUGGUUCCAAUUCAGGAAAAAGGUGUUGGGAUUGUGAGCUACCUUGUUCGAAGCUCAGAUAGAACUGUCCAGCACCUUUGUUUAUGACCAGAAAAUGCGCACGAGCGGCAGCUCUGCGAGGAAUUCGCACCUCAUCCAGGGGGGACGAAUGACAAUGAUGCCCAUGUCUGCGAACCGAUCUGUAUAAACAUGUAUUGCAGAGCAAACAUAAUAAUCAAGAAAAAACUACCCAUUCAUUGAAGGAAGGAGUAACAGAAAUUUCAGAGUUGUAAAUUUAUUCACGGGCAUUAUUCUUGCGACAAUUUUAUUUUGCAAUGUGAUGUAAUUCGGUUCACAGGCAAGGGCAACAAUGUCGUUAGUCCCCCCCUGGGUGAGUUGCGAAUUCCUCGCGGAACUGCCACUCGUGCUCAUUUUGUAGUCAUAAACAAAGGUGCUGGACAGUUCUAUCUGAACUCUGAUACGAGGUAGCGUCCAAUCUCAAUACCUUUUUCCUGAGUUGGAAGCAACGAACAGCAGUAAAAGUCGUUGAAAAUGGGUUGCAAUACAUCAAAAUAUAUGCAGCAGGAGUUUGAGGCAAAACUGCCAAGGGAUAUUUUAAAAAUGUCGAGGAACAAGUCAUUCAACUUCAGAGCAAGGUUUGGAGCAAUUUAUAGUGCUUCUAAAACUAAAAAGUACCUUUUAAAGAAUAGCACUUUGGGCAAUCAGCUUUUGUUUUCAGAAUUAGCAAACAUUGAAUUUACUUGUCCCGAAAAUUCAAACUGGUGGCUCCUUCUACCUGAUAGUAAUUUAUUCUCGAAAUUCCAAAACAAUUUCACAGCUGAAUUUUGAGCGACUUUUAGUUACGGACUUCUGCUCCAACGAUUUUUCUGAAAUUCCUCUGGCAUAUUUAUUAUGUCGAUUAAAGCCUAUCCCGGAAAUGUCAGUAACAAACAUCAGCAAAAUUUUUUACUAGAAGCGAUUUUCUUUGAACAGAAGGGUCCUUUUAAGCCCUAAUUUAGAAAAAUAUAUUUACUAUCAAUGAAAUCGGAAUAUUUCGUACUAUUGCCGAAUGAUACCUGUUGUUCUUUGCAAAGUUUCUCAGCCAUCGGUCCAAAAACGAAAAAGUUAUGACGAAAACUUCGUCACAGCUAAAAGCGCCCGUAUUAAUUACGGAGCCACCUUAAGCAAACCCAUCGUACAAUUUCCUCUUACUCAACGCAAAACCGCUACCAGAAAACCCGCAAAACUACUGUGUCGAAUGCAUUUGUUUGAUGAUAGAUUUGAAGUGUUGUGGCAGUCAAGGUAUCAUGCCUGGCCAAGACUCCAAGAAGGAGCAAGGUUGAUUUUAAAGGUAUUUUACGAAUUAUGUAGUUACCAAAUAAGUACUUUAUAUGCAGACUCCUGCUCAAACGUUACUCUCUAUAAAUUUAUCUUGCGAUUGAUACGUUCGACAUAUGGGGGACAUAAGUCCGACCCUGGCCCUUAAAACAAUAGCAUGUAUUUUUUCAAAGGCCAAUGAAAAUAUGGGAUUCUGGGAGCUUCUUGGUCUCAGCCCUUUCCAGGGGCGUUUUGGUUCAAACCCCACCCUAUCACUUUUUCAAUUUUAGCUUUAAAAAGGUCAGCUUACGACGAUACCCCGACCAGGAUAUUUAAUGACCACUGGCUUUCCAUGCGUUUUCCCAAAACGCGUUUCUCACUCCUUGAUCUUUGUGAUUGUCGGUGCAGGUGCUGCCACCUAAAAUUGACUUCACCCUCCCUUCCCCUGCGGUGGGAAUUGCCUCGACCCACCCCCCAGACUGCCCGUGGGAUGGACGUCUCCUGUUCCCAACACUGAUUCUUCACUCCUUGAUCUUUGUCAUUGUAGGUCCCGCCACCUAAAAUUGACUUCACCCUCCCUUCCCCUGCGGUGGGAAUGGCCUCGACCCAUCCCCCAGACUGCCCGUGGGAUGCACGUCUCCUCUUAGAAGAACAGCAGGAACAGAAAAAGAAUGAUACAAAGAAGGUUCGUGACAGUGGAAACGAGCUUAAAAGAAAACAGGAAAGGGUUGAGUAUCUUAUGAGAGCUGUACCAGUGUCCAUGGAGGCAACUGUGGGAGUCAACGUUGCAGAAGACGAGAAGGGUAAGUCUUUGAAGAAGGCUUCGGAUCAGUUAAGGUUUCUGGGAAACUGCCCACCUACCCCUGCCCUAAGCCAUCAUUUUGCCCAAAGUGAAAAGUAAGUGUUAAUGUUCGCUUAGGGGAGGGGUACGUGGGCAGUUUCCGAGAAACCCAAAUUGAUCUAAGGCUUCAUUGCUUUGUCUAUAAAGGAGGUCUGACGAGUUUGCAUGAAAAUCCAAGGUAGCUGCCAGUUCUCCUCUGUUGUGGACAUUGUGUUAAACAACGGUAUCUGCACUUUGUACCCAAGGCGAAACCCUGUUCGGUGACAAAUCAUUGCACCAAUACUUGUCAAUGCUAGCGCAAUACAGUAAAAGCUAACAUUUCACUCGUGUCACCUUUCAAAAUGAUGGUAAUGAAAAUACUCAAAUCAUACGUUUGUUGUAAAUGUAUUGAAAUAUCGGAUGUAGUCACGUUACUACUCUAGAACCUAAAACAAAACUUGUACGAUAUAUUAUCAUUAUUGUGUCAAAGUUACUACACAAGCCUUUGUUAAACAUUGAACAUCACUAUUUUGCCAUUUUAUGAACUCUUUUCUCCUGAUCUCUGCUUCGCUCCGUAUGAUUUUGAGAUUAUCUGUGUUUUUUAUCUACCUUGCCUUUUUAACACAAUAUUCUUAAAGAUAACUUUGUCUCCAGGGUAAUGCAGCACUUAACCACUCACGUUAAUUUUGAGUUUCCACAUUGACACGAUAUGGUCAAAGCCAGCUUUGCCCCUAUUACGAAGAACUGCACUUCCAUUGUUAAUAGCACUAUGAUUGUGAGCAUUAGUGUUAUAUGCAUGUCACUGCCAAGGAGAAACUUGUCUCCAUCAAUGUUAGUGAGUGUGACACCAUCACAAGCACCUUUAUUAGCACCAAUAUUGGCACCCUUUUGACAAGCAAAUCCUUCAUCAUUAUCUUUGAUAACGUUACCAUUACGAGCACCGCUAAGGGCAUCAACAUUGGAUCAGUGUUGUUGUGGUCGCUUGGUAUCACUGGCAAUAAAAUCGCCAUCUCAAAGCUUAAAAGAGGCACUAGCAAACAAAAGCAUUGAAGGGCACAAUACAGGAUUACAAUCGCGGCCAAAGUUGCACGUUUGUCAUUGUUGAUGCUAUGAGUGUCAACAUUAGAACAUUAUUGACACUGGUAACCUUGUGCCAAUUACUUGCAAUAACGUCACCGUCGCAAGCACUAGAAGAGAGCACCCACAAACUAAAGCAAUGAAGAUUAAAUGACAGGAUCGCACUUGUGACGCUUUCUUGCACGUCCAUCGAUGUUGAUGCUAAGACAAUCAACAUUAAAACAUUGUUAAAAUUGGCAACUGUGUGCCAAUCACUUGCGAUAACGUCCCUAUCGUGAAGGCUAAAACGCACGAGUUAAUUGAAGCACUACAGACCACAAUCAUUACCAAAUGAUAUACGUCCAUCACUGUUUUCUUUGUGCUUUUUUUUUCUUUGCCGCGGGACUUUCAGCGGAACGAUUUGCCCGCUUAGGAGUUUGGCAUUAUCAUUUGGAACCGACAGAAAACUCAGCUGAAGGUGGAAUUGAUUCUGCAGGUUUGAGCUUUAAUAUUAAUAAACAUAAUGCUUUCUUUUUAAUGAUUUAAUGCAGGUUUAACCCUUUUGCUUUGAAUAGUCACACCCCACAGUUUCUUACAUAGACUCAAAAGUUAGAACCACCAUGUACAACAUAACACACAAUACCACAAGAAUGUACUACUUUCAUAUGAUCGUCACACUUACAGAAACUUUCAUAUGGAUGGUCACACUUACGGGUUUCAUCCAUGGACUCAAAAGUUAGAAUCACCUGAUUUAGCGUAAUAAACAGUACCAGAGGAAAGUACGAUCCACAGACUCCUAAGUUCGAAUCACCUUAUCGAAUCCACCCCAUCAACUCGGCUUCUAGAGUUCUCAAGACUACUCGCGCCCUCACAAUCCUUCUCGUCCGCCAUUGUUUUUUGCCACACAAACUUUCGCGCAUGCUCAUUUCAAUCAAAACAAAGAUUCGCCUAUACAGCAUAAUCAACAGUACCUUUGGAAAGUACUACUCAGAAGCUUUCAUAUGAAUGGUCACACUUGCGGGUUACAUCCACAGACUCAAAAGUUAGAAUCACCUUACACAGCAUAAUAAACAGUACCGGAGGAAAGUACUACCCAGUAGCUUUUUAAGUUGCUAUUUUUCUCUCCAAUUUGAAAGUUGUAGGGAAUUUUAAGGUUCACCCAACAACUUAAAACUGAAUUAUGUCUUCUGUUAACAAGCUGAGCAGUGCUAACUAUAACAUUACUAACUGAGUGUUAAGCCUUUUUCUCUAGUGGAGGUUCCCUGUUUGAUCACUUACUUUGCCUACCGCUGCUUUAAUUGUUCACCUGGAUAAGUGAAAAAGCAAUAUUGUUAUAACCCAAAUACCACGCAACUCUUUGCCCGUCGCAAAAUUACUUCCUCUCCUUGGGUAAUAUUUACUUUUUUUCACCGAAGUUUCUGCAUGGCUGAAGAUGGAUCCACGUCGAAGUCUGUUAUCGAUGAAAGCAAAUUUUAUUAUUUAAGGAAAUAAUAAGAACUUGAGCCCAAAUCUGCUCCUGGUUGACGAAAGACAAUGUGGAUCAAAGGAUCAUCUCAAGAAUCUCAUUUAAAUUGAGGGGUCGCCAUUUUGGUGCGAUUUUCGCUGCGAUUGACCAGUCAAAGAAGUGGUUUCUCUUGGGGAACAACUGACGUAACCUCCCUACAGAGGGUCAAUGGUGACUCUUCGAAGAAAAUCGCCGAUAAAUUACAUCAAAAUUCGAGUAGGUUCGAAACAAAACCGCCACUUGUUUAUCUGGGUGAUUUGAAAUCUUAGCAAGAAUUGCACUAAAUAUUAUCGCUAGAGUGACAUAGCCUUUGAGCUCGGAUGUAUUUGCAGUUAUCGCUUCCCUCCGCCCGUAAAAAUUGGGGAGAAGUGUUAUCCGAGUUCGAUGAAUUUGAUGAACACAUCUCAUCCUGGUUAACCUGUGACCUCAUUUCCAUGAUCCCCAGUGCCCUGUCGCUUAACAUGGCUGCAAAUUGACCCUCCUGGGUAGAGCUACCGAAACAAUGCUAUCUCAUUGACCGUCAAACUCAUUUUAUACAAUAGACCUUGUUACAUGGUCUAUUUUCCAAAAUAAGACUUGGUCUAACAAUACCAUUAUUUUAUCGGCUCUUUUGUAUAAUUGAGUCAAGGUACUCGCGCUUUACUUUGCUGCCUUCGUCAUCACGUUUGGUACAGUACAUAGUUACGAUUACCGGCAUGGUUUAGUUCUGGAGACAAACAGGGAAAUGAAAAAUGAGUCCACUUUGCAAUAUCAUUGUCGAUUGAGCGUAUUACGGACAGUAACGUCGCCGUAAAACAUAACGAAAAUAAUAUACGGAGCCAAGGUUAACAGCAGAAAGGACUCAAAGGUUUGACCAACAUGAGGCAGAUUACCGUUGUCAAGUUCUAGUCUUUCCUUUAUAGCUAAGAAGUAAGGGAUGUGUUCUUUCCCCACAUGCGAAGCACCACAGUUUGCUUAGAACUAAGCCCUUUAUUCCUUAAAGGAGUGGGCACCCUGCGAACAGAGGCUAUCCCCCUCCCUGAAAUAUCAUAAUGUUUAGGGGCCAGGGUCAAUUCAGUUCUUCAACUGACUUGAUCCUCUUAGCAGUUUGACCCGUGUUCAAUCCGGCCUGUUGUUCGUAUUAAAAGUUUACUAGCUGAUGUUAUUUCAUGUCCAUUAUCCAAGACGUUUCUCUCCGUUUUUCAAUUGUCCGUAAACCCUAAAACUUCCUUGAACCUCAAACCCUGGAACGUCAAGACUGGAAGCGAAAGCUUUCAAGACGGCUAGGACUUAGGACCAGCCAAAAAAGAAGUUAGUAACCCAACACCAAGACUUCAGAUUCCGAGUAUGGAAUGCAACUGAACACACAAAACAACAACAACUUCAAUACAAAUCAAACAGAUAACAAGGGGAAAAAGUAGACUAAAAAGGAAAAAGGGAAUAUUUCACGCAACUUGGAGUGCUAAUCAAGGCGGCGGUGAAGUGGAGAACAAAGAAAAAAAAAAGAAAAAAAACAAUACUUUCUCAGUUUAUUAUUUUUUUGUUUUCACAAGUUUUUAUCUCCCACUUAGACAAAUUUAAUUCUUAAACAGGGGAAAGCAAGAAGACGGAGAGAAGGACACUUUCGUUUUACGUUAACAAACAAGUGUUAAAUGAUUUCUUAAGAGCUCAUAAAUUUACCUUUCCGUAAUGUUAAUGGUUUAAAAUUGACUGAAUACUAAGGUGAAAGUCAACAAGUUGAUGCUGAGUUAUGGCCUCAAGCAGUGUCUUCUUCAAUUCCUGACAUCAUCAAAAUGAUGGAUGACAUCAUGGUGGAUAGUGAGAAAGUGGCAGGUCAGUGAUAAAGAAGGCAACUCUCAUGUAUAGCAGUGUUUUACAGUACGUUUACAUAAAUUUUAUCUAGGUGAAAACGCCAGUCGUUUCUGAAAGUUUGGUAAAUUACUAAACGUUCUGUGUUUACAUUAAAAUGUAUAAUAUAGUUACAGUAAAUGAUCUAAUAGAAGCCCCCUCCAAAAUAAACGCCUCUUGUCCAAUAAACUCCCCCUCUACUUUUUUAAGUUUGUAUUAGACGCACCUCUCUAAAGAGAGCCCCCUUUCUAAUAGACGUCCUGCAUGGUAAUUGGUGUAAAACGCUAGGAAGUAGAGUUAAUUUAGACCAAAUUAAUUUCAUUUGUACGUAUCAAUGGAUACACCCAAUGCAAAAAUGGCUGCCAGUUUAAUAUUCGUUUGUUUAAAUUAAAAUUCGCCCAACUAGCCUCGCUUGAGAUAAGGUAAACUUUCGAAUUGGAGAACGAGGCUAGUUAGGCUUAAUGAAAUUCAAACAAAAGAAUAAUAAUCUGGCAGACAUUUUAGCACUGGUUGUAUAGGCUGCAUAUUAUGAGAAUAAACGCCUCUCUCUUUAGAACGCCUCCAAUCUAUUAAACGCCUUACGGUAUGGCAUGCAUGCAAAAGGCUCAGUCCUAGUUUUCCUAGGAUUCUGUUACUUUUCGUUACGUUACGUUACAUGGCGUUAUUUGUACUGUUAUGUUGAUUCUCCAGUGAUGGAAGUCGCCCGUCGGCUUGUGUGGAGAUGUUUAGUUGAUGAUCCAGUCCUUUUCUUCAGAACUAUUUUGGAGCAGUUUACGAAGAAAGACAAACAGGUCUGUUUAAAUUGUCUUAAUUGCCUGAACUCAUAAAGACCUGUCUGAUUUGUAGAAAUUGGAAUCAACUUUCAGGGACGCGAAGUCAAACUUAGAACGGUAAACUUCUUCAUAAACACUCACCCCAAACCAAUCUCUUAAUGCUCUUUAUCCUCUAAUAUGGAAUUCACAGUCGACUAUUUCUUAACGGACAGCUCUAGAAGACGGGCACCUUAGUAAAACAAACACCUUGAGUUGGUUCCUGCCUUGGCGGGUGCACGAUAUACCAAGUGAAUAGCAUGCAAGGCUCGAGUUGCGUCACAAACAACACAACAAUGAUCCCUAGCCCUUACACAAUAACACAAUAAACUCCACACAAUACAACGACACAAUAGUGCAUAUAUUGACUUGAUAUAUCGAGCAUCACCCCUGCCUUUCUUUACUCCCCUUGAGUCGCUUUGACUAUCGCUACCCAGCUGCUCUCGACAGUUCUUAGACACUCUGACAGGGAUCUUAUGUCUUUUUCAAUCCGCUUUAAACAGGAAGAACAUGUCUCCCUAAUACGGAAAUUGCUGCUGUACAUCACAGAGCUGCCUCCCACGUCUUCGAGAUUCCUCAUCAACAAUCUGGUCAGUAAGACAGAUAUCAACCACAGAUAAAAAAAACUUAACUAACGUUUAUGCCUAUACCGUUAUUUAUGAAGAAGGCAAAGUCCAUUCUUAUUUUCAGUCUAUUUGCCUGUUAAUUAAUUAUACAGUUAGUACUCUGUUGUGUUUUACAUGGGUACCUCCCAUUUACAUGAGAAAACCAGAAAUUCCGGUUGGAAAAUCUAAUGGCUCGCGCCAUUCCGUUUGGGAAGCUUCAGAAAAUAUGGGCCGUGAUUUGAUGCGAUGCAGUUUUUCUACUAUUUUUAGUCUCUUAAGUACUUUUGGAUAUACUUUGUAACAGGUCGUUCCCCCACCGCGUCAAUUUUUAUAGUUUUAUGUUUAUGCACAAGAUUUCCCCUCGGGUAGUUUGUGUAAAUAGUAAGCGUUCCAUGUCCUCAAAUUCGCAAAAGUCAAACCUGCAAUGGUGUUACAGAAAGACAAAUGGCAAACAAAGAGUAGCGUUUAAAAUGUGAGCUUGUAAAUCCCUCUAGCCUCCUCAGCUCAGAGGUUAUAGAGCGGUUAUUAGAUGGAAAGUAGUAGGUUUUGUGUUUCUCCGGUUUGGGAUUAGCUUAAAGAUCACGCGCCAAUUUUUCGACCAGUUAGCAGUCGUGAGUUGGUCAUACGUGUUUUCCCACGCCUGGGCACCGGUUACAUUUCUUGCCUCGAGCUCUGAUUGGUUCAUUUGAUUAUCUGUGCGUUUUGUGAUUGGGCAAAGUAUUUACUUUGUUUCUGGUUUAACUUGUGUAACUUCACAAAUUUGACCAUUUCCUUUUAGAAAAGAAGUAAUUCUUCAUAAACCAGCAAAACGUCGAGAAUUCCCUUCAACUCUCGACCCCCAUGUAGAGCUUUUUGCGGUGAUUGCUGCUUAUAUUUUCAACUUUCGCCCCAAGUAAGGGAAUCCAAGACAGUCUUGGGUUCUGGAUUCCUCGCUGUGGACUCUGGAUUCCGGAUUCUCUCUCAAUGGAAUUUCCAUUCCGGAUACCAAUCGUUAGUAGGAUUCCGGACUCCUUGAGCUGUAUCCCGGAUUCCACAAGCAAAAUUUCCCGCAUUCCAGAUUCCACAAGCAAAAUUCCCGGAUUCGGGAUUCCACAAGUAAAAUUUCCCGUAUUCCAGAUUCAACAAGCAAAAAUUUCCCGGAUUCCAGAUCACACAAGCAAAAAUUUCCCGGAUUCCAGAUUCCACAAGCAAAAAUUUCCUGGAAUCUGGGAUCCGGAUUCCCUUACCUGAGGCCACAACUUCGUCUCUCCUUCGAACAAUUUUGUGGGUGUGACAAGAAGAAUUUCUUUUGCUAUUUAUUCCCCAUAAAAUAACCUUUAUUUUCCCAAAUCUUUCUGAUUUUAGAUCGGUGUAGCAAUGUACUACGCAAGGACAAAUAAGCCUGGGACCCAGGACUCUCUCGCAUUGGUGCUAUCGCUGUUGUGGCAGGUAUUGUCAUGCCCAUUAUGUCUCUGUUCGCACAACAAACUGCGUUCACAUUUAAAAAAAAAAGAAGAAGAAUUUGUUUGAAGCGUCUCUCAUUCCUCGAAGCCGCGCAAUGAAAAAUAAACCUCGUAUGCGUAUGUCUUCCGUUUUUGUUUUUUUUCGGUGACUUCUGAAACUAUCUUGUUUAUUUAUUCAUCCACUCAUUAAAGUAUUUAAAUUCAAAAGCUAAGUUCUAACAAGAAAGACAACAAAUUCGGAACAACGAAGUUUUAAAAGCAGAGAGGACACGGGACACCGCAAUAGUAAACACGGAUUCCCUAGAAAGUUCAGGGCAAUAGAAAAAAAAUGACAAUACUGAAUUGGCGAUGAUGACUGGAGAGAAAAAAAGUUAGAACACUUGUGAGUUGACUUUUAUAAUCGGUGUAGUCUUCUCAAAUUGCUUUCUUAGUCUUGAAGCGCACGCCUGUUGUUUCAGUGUAAGUUUAUUGCUAAUUUGUAAUACUGUUUUUAUGGAUAGGCCGUACCAAGUGUUCGUGGAUUUUUGUUCAAAGAUCUCAAGCAGUGCCUGAGGAAGGAACACUGUGAUGUAAGUUGUUGUAGUUAUUGUUAUCGUUUCUCAAAAGAUCUCCAAAUGGUCAAUCUUAGCGUUUUAUGAGUUAACGAUGAGGCUGCUGAUUCGAUUCCUUUUCACUUUUUGUUUUUACCAUUAGAACGCACUGCGUGUCAGCUCAAAUGUUCCCGGAGCAAAGGUAAAUCAUUUUUAUACCGUAAAUCAGUUACACGAAAUGUUAAAGCUACAUUUUAUGUACUACUCAUGAAAGGGGCCAUAAUUAGUUUUACUAUACUUCUCCAUUCUUAAUUUCUUUGCUAACCUUACAUACAUGUAGUUUUUGUCCAAAAACUUUGUAUUAAUUUAUAUUGUACAACUGAUGUAUCGUUUUUUUAUACAAUGAAGUAAAUACAAGCACAAAUACAAAUACUCGUGAUAAAGUUAAAAAUCAUGUCAGGCAGCGAGCAGAGGCAACUGUUUAAGCACCGUUCUGUACUUUUGUUUUUAGAAACUCAGUGUAAUCCUUCCUGAUCAAGACAACAAUGACGAAAACGAAGAAGAUCAGGAGAAAACUAAAGAAACAGUUCCUGUUCACGAUGUAGGUUUCUUUCUUUUUUGUCGAUUACUUUAGCAGGAAUUCUGUUGUUGACGUUAUUACAUUAUUACUAACGAUAUAGUUUAGGCUUGCAUACCAGCCAGUGCCGGAUCCAGGCCUCGCUCGAGAUAAUUGGAGGCCUGGUCAUCCAGAUCCUGAGAUAAGAGGGGGGGGGGGGAAGUGGGCGGGCCCCUCCCCUGGAUCCGCCACUGCCGGCUACGGUUUACAAAAUAUCCCUCACUUUGCGUGACACAACGUGACGUUAGGGAGUUUAGGCAACGAGAACGGAAAUAGGUUUAGAUGAGCAAAACAACAACUUUGCACGUGCAUUACGCUUUUAUGUACAUUUCUUUGCCGUCACUGCACGACUGCGACGUGAAAAUACCUAAUUUCGUGUUUUGUUUUUGUUUUCGCUUUUUUCCUGAACUUCGAUACAGUCUUUUAGAAAUCAACUCCAGAAGAAUUUGCCAACAUUUGACGAACUGAACGGGGUAGAAUAAGCGCGAUAACUUUUAAAGCCACGCGAAUUCACUUUUCAAGUGACGUUUUCGUAGUCGUCGCCGUCGUUGUUGCUUGCCAAGGCUAAGAGCGAAGCGUCCGUUUGUUUGCUUUUAAUCAAUUAAAAGCAAAAAAUUAACUAAUUUUAAAACAAAACGAGAAAGUUAUGAAUUAAAUCCGAUCACAGUAUUAGUCUUGGAGAGAUUCUUACCCCUUUACUGUAAGUUACAGUUUUUGUUUCUUCUGGCGAAAAGACCCAGGAAGAUUGAUAAGAUCAUAAUUUUCCUUAUGAAUAACCAUAAUUUUGCUGUCUUUUCGUGUUGUCAAAAUGUUGUGUAUUUUAUUACGGUUAAAUCGGCAUAAACUUAACAACAAUAUAUAACGUAUUCCAAAAAAGCGAAGUCGCUUUUUUGCAAAUUUACGAUUCUGUCCGUAAAAUAAUUGCUGUCGUAUUUCAUUUUGUGGCGGCAGUUACAGAACACGAUAAUUUUCAAACUUAACUGAAAUGUAAAGAAGGCUUCAGUUGUCGGCAAGUAGCCCCUUGGGGAACAAGGGAUGGCACGGUGAGAAGAGCGCUCGCCUCCCGCCAUUGUUGCCCGCGUUUAAAUCCCAGCGUCGACGCCACAUGUGGGUUGAGCGCCGCUAUUAUCAACAAAAUAAAGUUCUGUUUAAAAAAAAUUCCCAAAGCAAUAUCCUUUUUCUAGUAGCGCCACACAACUUUGGCUAAAAAGGUUUCUUGUAAAACUCAGAGUCAGCAAGAUAUCAGCACCAAAAUCAUUUCAGGAAUGUUAUAGUGUUUAAAGGAAACAGCUUUAUAUCUGGCGUUUGUGGAUUGCUCUUAUGUCCUAAUCUUUGCUGUGAUUGCUAACGAAAUGUUUCAGGUGUUCACAGUUUCUGUAGUCUCCUACGCAGCGGUUGUUUGUCUCGUCACGCAACGCUCGUGGCAUUAGCCCUGAAGCUGCGUGACACGGUUACCCUUAUUAACCAAUAGCUCUUGUAAAACUUGCAUUUAAAGGAAAUGACCUUUGGUAAGGUGCUUGAAUCAUUCAAAUCACGACUCCAAAGUGCAAAAGAAGAUCAAGAAUUAUACCUUAUUGACAAGAAAUCAGGUAAGCCAGGGCACAUUUAGUGGAUCGAAACACUAACGAUACUACCCUUUCCUCCUUUCCGAGAGGUUCGCUAAGAAAUUCUUUUUGGUAAGGGUGGUGGGGGGGGGGGGUAUGGUAGGUCAAUUUUGUAGUGAAAAUAAAGUGGAAUUUCCUAAUGGGUGGGGAUGGGGGGAUAAGAGAUUCGCAAGAAGAGCUCUCUUCUUCGCAGUAAAUUGAUUGAUUUAAAAGACUUUUACUAGAGCCGGUAGAAACCUACAGGAGUUUAAACCUCUCUUACUCCCUAAAAGGAUCAUAUUGUAGGCAAGCAAAAGGGGAACUAUGUCACUUAUAUUUGCAAAUAGAGAACACUUUUUAAGAUGCCGAAUUGGCGUGUCGAAUGUUUAUAGCUGAAAAUGCAUUUUUGUGUUUUACCUCUUUUAAUUUAAUCCAGUGGAUUAUUUUGCAAUCCAGAAUAUAUUGAAACAACUUCCUCUGGCAUUUUAGAUCAGAUACUUGAAGAGAGAUACCACGUUAGAGAUGUGUACACUCAGCGUAAAGGGUUUCCUAGCCCACUGCUGUUACUAGAAUUCCAGGAUCCAGAAGUUGCGUUUAACAAGAGACAGGCACAGGUAUACCAAUAAGUAUUUCAAGGGACAAACACAAGUAUACCAAUAAGGAUUGCUAGAGGCAAGCACAGGUAUAUCAGUGAUAGAUUUUACACGAGACAAGAACAGCUCUAUCGAUAAGUUUAACAAGAGUUAAGCAAAGGUAAACCAAUAGGUUUUAAAAGGGACUGGCAAAACAGUAUACCAGUAAGCCUAGCAAGAGACAAGUCCAGUUAUACAAAUAAGCUAAACUGGAGAUAAGCAACGGUAUACCCAUACGGUUGUUUUCCAGAAGCAUAAACUUAUCUCGUUCAGUUGCUUGUACAAGAACUUCGUUUACUAGGUUUACAUAGAAUUUUUAGGAGUACCCUCCCUUAACUCCGCUACAGACAUAAGAGUUUCAUCAUGCACAGACUCAAAAGUUUUGAAGCAUAAUAAACAGUACUACAAGAAGGCAGUGCUCAGUAACUCUCACAUGAAGUUUACACUUUAGGAUUUCAUCUUCAGUCUCAAAAGUUACAGCCAACUUGUACAGCAUACCAAACGAUACCACCGUAAAUAUUGUUUCUCUAAGAAGAUUUCACCUACGAAAUCAAACUUAAAAACCGCAGAUAUAGUAAACGGUAAUCCAAGAUAUAUCACAUGCAAACAUCAAGUUCCAACAAUAACUUUUGGAAAGUAGGAAGAGUCAAUUCGAAAAGUCGUUAAAAAUUUACCUAAGCUAACCACAAUAUCGUGUGGUCUUCUAGGCCUUCACAGCCAAGAUAGCUGAGAUUGGUCGAGUUCUGCUGACGUCAUCAAUGCUAAAUGCUUUGCCUAAUCAGGUAAUAUUUUGCCGACGAUAUUUGCUUCUAAGUUUCAAGCCAAUUUUGUUUCCAGAACCCUUGCUCUGCCAGGCUGUUGCUGGGGAGACUGAAGGGUUAAGAUUAAUUAAAACAGUGAUGAGGCACGCAAAUUUGGGUUGAAAAGUCUAUCUCGUACUCAACGUAGUUCUUGUAGAGUCCAAUAUUAUAAAUACCUAUUGUUUUUCUCACGAUGUAGUAGGAGAUCAAAAACAAAACGCAUUGCGUAAUCAGUUGACCUCGUCGCCUGAAGAGCGGAAACUUGUACCUGCCAGGAUAAAUGACCAAAACCAAUUCCAGUACAUGACUACCCAUUGUUGAUCUGUUAAUCGGUAUCUCAAUUUACUUCUAGUGAUGGUUGUAUCCCUUUUUCUUUCUAAAGUUUCUUGAUGGUUUGAUUCCACUUUUCUUUUAUAUUUUUGUUCAGAAACACAUUUCGUUUCUUCAUGGAGAGUUUAGUCGCCAGAUUUCAUUUCCUCGUAAAGCUCUUGACUGCGAUUUCUCUUUGUACGCUGGAGGUUCAAAGGGCCGGGUAAGUAAAACUGUAUACUUUUCACAUCAGUGGCUACCUUUUUUGGCUUUUUGCAAGAGCGAAAAAUUUUUGUAAAAUUAUAUUUAUUUAUUUGUUGACUUACCUAAUAUUUAUUUAUUUAUUAUUGAUGGGGCAUUCAUAAGCUGUUUUCUUUUGACUGAUAAUGACAGUCGAGAAUGUCGAAACGUCGUCAUACUUAACACAUUUUUAAAAAUUUCUUAAAAUGUUUUAAAGAAAAGUUUUAUCUCAAUUUUUUUAUAGCUAAAUGUUUGAAAAAAAUCACUUCUUUUAAUUAAUUGAUUAAUUUAUUUAUCUAUUUAUUGUAUUUAUUAGUUUUGGCAACUUUUGCAGGGUAACCGCAACAGAAUAAAUCCGAUUACUGCAGGUCCCGCCCGUAACAGUAACCCCCCUAAUCCGGGUUCUACGGCCCAUACUUCUCUAAGCUUAUCAACUGUUUCCCCACCCCCUCUCCCCCCUUUAUACCGUACCGGAACAGGUAGAAAAGGUAGUGAUUUGUGAUGAUCGUUUAUUUUCAGGAACUUGCAGCUCUUGAUGUUAUUCAUAAAAGUGUCUGGGUCAAGGUAAGUCAUUCGCUUGGUUUUCGAGCAUGGUUUGAUUUUAUACCUGUACAGUUUAUAAUGGUAAUAUGACUGUGUGUUGUCCAAUACGGUCUGUAAUCUUACAGUGAUUAACAAACUCGGACGACCUUGUUGCGGGAGUCCGAUUUGUUGUGAAUCACGAGCCUAGUUACAGACCGAAUUGGACGACACGAAUCCCGUUUUCCAAUUAAUCAUAACCAUAACAAUUUCCGAGAAAAAACAAAUCCAUUCUUUUUAGGGAUAGAGCUUCUUGCUUUUCUUUUUUUUUUUGUCGAGCUUGCUUCAGCAGCGAGACUUUAGAAAUGCAAGCGUUUCUCUUUUUUUGUUUUUCGUGUGUGCGCGCCAAAAGGGAAAUCAUAGUCCCAGGCGUUCCUAGCGGUGACCGUGGAAACUGAGGAUAAAUAUCGUGACGUGGCGAACAACAUUAUUCAAAAUAUUUCGAGCUUUUCCGCAACGGGUCGGUCCACGAAAUCUAUCGCUUGAAAGUGUUGAUUACUUUAAAACAAGUGAAUACCUCAGUGGUCGAAGAAAAGAAGAAUCUUUAUGAGCAAAACUUCAGCCAAGCUUCGAUGGAGAGGCUAAUUGGUCAGGUGUUGUAAACUUUCAUUGUAUGCAAAUGAGUCUUGUGAGGAGCAUGCGGUUUUUUUCGGCGAUUAUUGAAAUGACGUGCCAUGUUCAUCAAGUUUUUUCUCUUUGCAAUGAUGUAAUUUCUCCCGAUUUUCGUGUAUUUAUACACGUGCACUCAAUCAAUUCUGAAUACGAUAUAACAAGUAAAUGUGCUAAAGAAUACUCGACCGUCGAUAAAGUAGGGCUGCAAAACGUUUAGCGAGGAAUUUCCGUUUCGUGAAGAAGCAAUUGUCUCCUAAUUUCUUUUCUAAUCUCCCAGCACUAAGCUCGACUUAUGGCUUUUUAAGAGCGUUUUUUGGGGGUAUUAAAAUACCAAUUAUCCGAAAUUAGAGAAAAUAUCACUGGCGGAGACACUGUCUAAAGUUACACAUUUGUCUGUGUCGGGAAAUCCUCAGUUUGGUAGGGUAAAUGGCUGUUGUUAUGCUUAUUGUGAUAAAUUCUGUGAUUGGUGGAUUUAGCUGAGUACUCGUAAUAUGAUUGGCCGAUGUAAUUGUCCGAUUACAGCCAACUGCCUGAUUACACUGUCCGAUUACAACCGUAUACAAUGAUUGGUGAAAAAUAAAGCAGUUAAUGCACCAAUCAAAUUUGAGGAAAUUGCAAUAGUUGUGAUUAAAUCUGUUAUCGGCCUUAUGACCUAUAAACUGGUAUAGUAUUUAUAGUACGUAUCAUAUUUCAUUUUCAGUAAAGGAUAUUUAAAUGUUGUAGUGAGUUGGCACGUUCAAAAACGAUAACAUUUUCUGGAAUUUCUAAUGAUUUUUAAGAGAUUGUCACUUGCACAGUGAAAACUUUCCGAUAAAAAUCUCUCUCCAACUAUAAACCCAGCCCCAUCCAUAAAUAAGAAACGCUUAGUAUUCGAACACCUUUUUCUGUUUAGGCUCAAUGACAGACCUUAUUUGUUCUCUCAGAGAUUUUGUGCGUAGCCUUAAAAAACCUUUGUUUUCACAAACUUUUCCUCUCCAUGAUUGGGGAUUCAGAAGCCAGUAAAGGCAAAUGCUUGUGUCCAAUUUUUUCCUCAUUUUCACACGCUUCUUGCUAUCUAAUCAAGAUACAACAUGCCUUUUUCAAAUAUCGUUCAAGGUACGAAAUCUUUAAUAUACAUGGUGUUUUAAACUUAGAAUUUUACCAACAAGGUGUGGGUUAAUCUACAGUUUUGUCACCCUGAUUGCUGAAAUUUUCUUGAAAAACUCAUCAAUAAUUUAUACGUGCCCCUCAAAAUUAUUGUCACGCUUGUCACACAUGCUUUUCCGUCUUCUUUCCCCUCCCGAUCUGUUGCGUAAGUUCACUAAUAUCUGAGGACAGAUGACGCCUUCUUUUAGCGGGUGAAAGACCUUUGAGUAGAGGUCAUGGUAUUGAGUAAGAGCCUAACAUGAAAUGUUCUCUUUCCAGCUGAUUACAUCACUUUUCCAAUGCAUGUCGACGGAUUUCCCAUGGGGCUCUGCGGAUCUCAAUCUGUUUCUGAACGUAAUCAAUGGAGCUAUCUUACUUCAUUGCGAAGAUGCCGCCGUGUUGCGUCUGUGUCUUGCAGCUUUCGUAAACAUUGCUGUUCAUUUCAGUAACAUCUUUGCUAGCAAUGGGUAAGAUUGAGUAGCAGUCGAUUUAUAAAGAUAGUUGUCAUUUGUUGGAUGAGGUCAAGAACCGUAGCGAUAAUUAUCAAUGCUUCGGUUUGUAUAAUUUGAGUCCAACUUUUUUUUCUUUUUGCAAUGUUAACCAAGAAGUAAACAACAACUGAUACUAAACGGCAAAUCAACAUUCCUCUAACCUUUUGACAACUUUUCCACGCUGUAACAGUUUCCGAACCAACCUUACAAAUUUGGUUUUCGAAGCUGAAUUCAAAGGCCUCUGGUUUUUAAGAAAACUUUUGAAAGAUCUUUGAAAUGACGAAAAUAGUUGCUCUAACUGUUGGCAGCUUCUUGAAUGUUGUUUUACGAUUAUCAGCACAUGACGUCACUUUUGCAUUCACAAAUGCUAUUGCUUGCAAAAAUGACGUCAUUGGCGUCACUUACUAACGUCACUUCUACAUCUAUAAAAACUAUUGACUGUAGAUAGUUAGCCAACAAAAGUAAUGUCGAUUGGUCAUGAGUAGUGCGCCUGUGGCCGAUCAAAAUUAAGAUACUGUCGGAAGUGCAUAAUUGUCACGUAUUAAAGCUAGUUCUAACUUUUGAUUCUGUGACUGAAAUCCGAAAGUGUGAUCUUUCAAAUGGGACCUCCGUAUUUUUGCAAAACGGAGUUUUUGGUAAAUAAUGUCCUUGCCACCUUUGGGAUUAAAUAGCUUCUCAAAUAAGGUGCUGCAUCCCUUCGGUAACAAUGGGGCGCUUCUUCUUUCUUAUUGUUUUGUGACUGGAGAUGUCCAAAAAUGUUGAGAGCUCAUAUAACUAACGUUGCUAUUAAAAAGCGCCGCUGCUCUCUUUCGAGGUGACCAGUAUUUAUGGUACGCAAAUGUAUUGGAACGAUAGAAAGUGUUAUCGUAAGAAAAAGGAUCAGCUCUCACGACAAAAUUUUAUUUGUCUUUCUGAACCUAGAUAGGGAACCUAGGAAUUCAACUCCAAGGGGGUUCGCCUACUUUUGAUAAAGUAAAUGGGUAGAUAUAAUCGCGAUAAAAACUGGAAGAAUGUAAAUUCACUUUUUAAACGACGUCUUCACUGCCAUCGCGUUGUCGGAUCGUAAAGUCCCUAACAUGGCCAACGUGCCGUCUGGUGAUAACGUUCUGUACACAUACUUUAGGCUACGUUUUUUUUUUUCGUCAUGCUGUUGUUUGAUAUCCCAGCAAACGCCGCGCCCCUGUUUGGUAAGAAACGUUUAAGGAGGAAAAAUUAACAUAAUAUUUUUGCAGGUAUCAGUACAUCUUUCCCUCCCUGCUCCAAGUCUACUCACAUCACGAGACAAACGAAAUGGUUACUACGGCAAUUGAGGUAAGCUGACGGACGGACGGACAGACGGAUUUUCUGUUCAAAGCAAAAUUUGAUGAAAUUGAAAGUACCUCGAUCGGCUUAGCUUUCUUUAAAUGGUUAGAAACAUCUUCCCAUUUUGUUAACCAACUACAAUCCUGGUCAAGAUUAACAGUUUUACGCUGUUUGACUGGAUAAGAACAACCACGCCAGUAAGAAACCAGACCAGCUAAACGUGACUUGCUCCUACUCGUUUUUCCGCGUUUUCGACACCGCGUGUUUAGUUAAAAAAAUUCUUACCAUCUUUUCAAGGAAGACGUUAGAUAACAAUGAGCUCAACCAGGUUGGCGUUCAGCGGUUUUAGUGAAAACAAGGGUUUGGGUCAAGAGGUGCUCAGUCUAGCGGGCUCAUAAAACAUGGUCUCGGUCCUCGUUAUUUAAGGAUUUUCUCUUUUCAACAAACAAGAAGGUAAACGCAAAUUAGUUCUGAAAAUAUCCUUGUUUGUUUUCCCAAUUUUUUUGCUUCCACGCUUAUUUGUUUUAAGUCAUAACUAAUUAAUAGUAAGGCCCCUUAGGUAUCACCGUUUGUGCUCUUUUUGUUGCUAUUUGUGGCGCUGUAGGUUUUUUGGUCGAAUACGUUAUUGUUUUUACUUAGUAUGAUUACAGUAGAUGACAGCAAAAUCGCAACCCCCGUAACGUCUUAUUUCCUUUUUCCUCUCAUUCACAGUUUGCCAUGAAGCAGUUCUACAUCCUUCAUCAAAAGCCUUGUCUUCUGCAGGUAAAAGUUACUUACAACUUAAAUGAUUUUGUCGUCACAUAUUUCUUUACUCUACUCAGGUGAUUAGGAACUUCUUGUCUUUUAGGCGUUCUAAGUAUCACAUAAGGCACUAAAAUAGCAAAGGUUAUUGAGUAGAUGUAGUUUGCAAAACUGGUGUACACAGUUUAAGCGUCUAUCGGUCCUCGCGAAGCCCUUAUCCAAAAACAUUUCCACAUUUGAUAACCCUGAAAGAAGGAUUGAAUUGCUGCAGGAGAGAGUCACUAAAUCUAACUGCAACAAGACUUAAUAGGCAUGAACUGACAACACAAGACCCACGUUGCCGUGCAAUACCUAGCAUCUUCAACACCGUUAUCGCCUUUACGUCACCGUACUUCGAAAGUGUGUAGUCCUCGUUGACUUAAAAUGCGCUUGCAGUGUUGAAGAUAUGAUACUGGGUGUCGCACGAGGAGGUUGGUCUUGUGUUGCUCAAAGAAAGCCUGAUGUUUGUUUUUCUGUAUUUUGUAGUUGUUUGCUAGUGUGGCACCGAUUCUUCUCGUUGAGACAAGGGCAGAUGGAGAUGAAGAGGAAGCCGAACUAGAGGAUCUUAGUGGCAAGGUAAAAAGCAAUCUUAAUUAUUAUCAUAUACUUGGGUGGAAUAUGACAGUUAUGGAGAGUGCAGUGCAGUAUUGGACUGUUGUUGAGAUUUACUAACUAGCUCAUUUUUUAUCUUAAUAGAUUUCCUUGGGCCUGGGCCAAACGUAGAACUGUUCAUGAGACGACCUAGCCUCUGUACAGAACCCUUAGUAGAAGGGGGGGGGGGAAGGGUAGUUUGUACACAGGCUAGAGACGACCCAAACUUUGUGAGUUAAGUUCAAGAUUAGUUCGACGUCUGGCUCAGUUAAGUUUAUCUGAAUGAGUUUGGAUCGACCAGCACGUUCUAUCCGUCAGACAGAUAGAACGUCUGAACAUCGUCUCUAGGACAUACGUCGUUCUUCACGUGCGACGAACUUAACUGAUAAAGUAAAACUUUGUAUGAUAGUGUAUAUUUAACCUCUUCCGGGAGAAUUUUUUUUUACUGAUCUGAUUCAGUUGAUUGGUUCGACGCGUCACAAUACAGGUCGACCCAAAUUAGAGUUGGGUUCGUCUCGUGAAAAGUUCGACGUUUGGCGCAGGCCUUAGUCCUUUGGUUUUCCGGAGUUUUGACACCUGUUUGUUAAUUAUUUAUACGUUUAUAAGUUUUUUUUGUCUUAUUCAUCAGAUCCCUUCUAAGUGCCUGUUCUCCUUACUGGCUUCACUGGACAGACCUUCCCCUGACAGUUUAGAAGUGUUAGAUCUGGUGCGAGCUGAGAAACCGCUUAAACCCAUGGUAAGAAAGCUGUCUGGGCUUUAUGAACAUUUGCUUUCGUUGUUGUUGCUGUUAUUGUUUUUGUAGGGUUCAAUCUCUUGUACAGCAUUGUAGAUUUUUACAACAAGUUGACACAUGUAGCCGUGUAAGUUUGGCGUUUUUUGGUUGCCCAUUGCAAAUGACUGACAAAUCAAUACGAAGCUCUAAAGUUGGCUCACUUAAAAAGUGUCGUUAAAAAAGACUGGACUAAAGGCGCGUUUGAACAUUGAUUUAACGAGCGUCAGAAAAGUGAAGACGCAACUUGUUAUAUGGUCGGGAAAACAAGCAGUUAGAAUCGAGUGCUGGAAGCCGCAGUGAAAAUGCGAGAAAACCUUCAGACAGAACCAAGUGGAAAAAUUGUGCACCGGUUAAUUGCGGGCGACAGGAGGAGCCCGCAAUUCUAAUCUCCGGGUUGUUAUUACGCAUGCGUCGCAUGUAUGUAGGCAGCAGUCGUUUGGACUUCCAUUAAGAAUGAAUGGAAUGCACAGAACGUACUUUGAUGACGCGCGUUUGGACCUUCUAUCACUCGUAAUCUGGUCACGCCUGUUUUGACUAUCUGUCACGUGAAACUCACGCAAAGCACAGCGUUCGAACAAAAGCGUUUUGACCUUCGGUCGUUGUCGCGCGCUCUCCGUAACCUUUGGCUAUUACUAGUAAUAAUAAUAAAGUCCUUUGUUUACCGUCGGCAGUAUUUAUAGCACUAAUGAUAUUGGGACCAAGGAAAUGUCUGAAAGAAAUAAUUCAAAUCAUAUCUAACAGGGUUAAGAAUCCCAACUGGCCGAAGGCAAACCAGCUGGCUAUUUACAAGCGCGAUCGAGAAUUUGAACUUGAGACUACCGUGAACAAAUGCAGCUAGCGGUCAGAGCGGAACUUGAACUCGGGGCCUCCGAAUAAGUCCAGCGCUCUAACCGCUCGGCCAAGCUGCCCCCACAAAGAAUCAACUUUGUCUACUUCCAUCGUGUGCGAAGCUCUUUGUUGGUCUUGUCGAAGAAAAAAAAUCUCCAAUUCGAAAAAUCUUUAAUUAAAUUGGAAUAAGGAAGCAAGGAUGUUGUAUUGGAGAUAUCACUUGCAUUCUACCAUUUUGGCGAGGGUUCAAGUCCCUGAGGUGACGUUGUCUGCGGGUCGAGUUGGUUGUUGAUUCCCGCCGUUUCUUUGAGAGGUUUUCCCCUUGAUACUCGCGUUUUCCUCGGCCUAUCGCUUCCAAAUUCCAAAACUUAAGGCCAGGCUCUGGAUAGCUCAUAAUUAGAGUUUGGUGGCUAAAGAUAUUGCAUGUACGUUUGCAUUUUUGGUCGCCCAUGAUCUGUUUUGGCAAAAUUGAUAGCUCUAGUCUUCCUUGUGAGUGUUUUAACACUUUGCCAACACGUUCGUUAAAGGAUCAAAUACGCUCUGAGUGUAAUUCAUUGUUUGCGUCCUGUUUUUAACUUCUUUUGCUAUGGUUUCUUUAUUUUAGGACUCUUGUUACGAAAGUUCCACUGACCCUCCCGGGGUUAGUCAAGUUGACACAGCAGUCCGUUUGUGUGUGACCGUGGUGAACUUUGCUCCUGAGUCUAAAAGAGCCGUACAGAUGGUGGUAUGUUUCACUUUUCUUUUCGUUUCUUUUCUUUUUCAUCGUCAUUGUUCCAGUAGAUCGUUUUAACUUAGCUGGUCAACAGCUGCGCAAGUUUCUUGGAACAUAAGACAGUUUUUACAUUAGAAAAGAGUUCAAUGCCCACAGGAUCCCUGUUGGUACGUGAACAUGGCCGCCGUUUCAUUGUUUUUCAUAACAAUAUGGCGGCGGUGACGUCAUGUGAAAACGAUCUACUGGUUGCCAAUAGUCCAUUUGCACGAUAAGAUAAAUUUAAUAACUACCACAAUCAGAAUCCUUCGGGGUUUUAAAUAUGAAAGAAGAAAUGAAAUAAAUUCUGGUCCUAGUGGUAAAAAGACGGUACAGUUAAGAUGGCCUAUUCGCCACUUGCACAUCUCCCUUAAUUCACCAUAUUUGCCCCCCAAUUUUGCAUAACCUGUGUUUUUCAUUUUUCUUGUGUAAUACAGCCGCCCAAGAGAAACUGAAAACAAUUCUUCUGCAAUUUUUUUUUUUUUUCUGGGGGGGGGGUGAGGUGCAUUAUGGGAGAUGUGCAAUGGCGAAUAGCGGCCAAGUGUUAAAUUUUGUUUAGCCUUAUAAUCAAUUUUUUUCCACAAGAAUUGUUUCAUCUAUAUCACACGAAACUGCCGCUCAGUUGCUUGUAAGUUAGUGGUCAGACUUUUAGGGUUUCGUCCACUGGCUGAAAACUUAGAACUAGCAUUUGAUAAAAGACGUAAACAGUACAACAGGAAAGUGUUGCUCAGUGGCUUUCAUUCGAAUGUUCGCAGUAACAGAACGUUUCAACUAACUCGAAAGUUAGAACCACCUUACGCCGUAAGGUGGUUAGGUUUAGGCUUUUUUCCGUAGAAAAAGGAAACAUAAAAUUUUCUGAUUCAAACAUGUGAUGUGAGCGUAGGGAUAGAGAAUAGAAUUUGCAUUUGAAUUUUCGGGAAAAUAACUCUGAAGCCCUUGUAAUUUCAAAAAGACUCAAGUUCCCCUAGGAUGGCCGAACAGAUAUAGCGCCGCUUAGAACGCAUUUCUAGAGAUCUAAAAGUACUCUGGAUAGUGUAAAAAGUGUUUUCAGUGUACGUAGGAGGAGACGGUCGUUGUUGGGUCCCUGUUUAUAAGGCCCUCCGAAAACUCCUUUAAUACGAAGAUGCUUAAACCCCAGCUUUAUAAGGGGCAAUUUACGGUGUGUUCCCUUUACAGAUUGUCCUGUCGGCCAUUCUGCCUCAUUACCUUGCUUACCUGAAAACGGAGAACAGCUUUGGGGAUAACGACGAAAAACUCAAGACAGAGUUAGCGGCUUUGACCUCCCUUAUCACAUCGAUUAACGUCCUUGUGAAGAGCUCGGAGGUACUGACAAGGUAAGGCAACUUGUCUUAAGUUCAAUGUUUUCUUGGAGCUGUCUUGAAUCUAAAAGCAACCCUAGCGCCUUAAGCAAAUGAUAGAAAAUGUGAGGAAUGCAUUCGAAUUGGUUUCAAUUGACCUUCACUUACCAGCAAAGUCAGAACCACUAUUUAUGGAAAAAUAAUCAGUACAACAGGAAGUAUCGUAUUGCUCUGUUGAUUGUUCGCGUUUUACUUUUAUCCCCUGACUCAAAAGUUAGAACGACCUUGCACAACAUAAUAAACAGCACCACAGGAAAGUACUGUUGAGCAGCUUUCAUUGAAUGGUUACACUUAAGGAUUUUGUCCACAGGCUCAAAAGUUAAAACCACCACGCGGGUAUGAUACAAAAAACAACACUGCCCGCAAGAAGUACUCAGUAGCUUUCGCUUGAUUGGUCAAACCACAGGAUUUGGUCGACACUGAUUCAGGACUUAGAAAUAGCAACAUGAUAAACUAUACCACCAGAAAGAAUAGGCUGUGCCAGGCUCUCAAAUAAUUGGGACGACGCGAAAAUAAAACAAACGCGCGCGAUCUUGAGAAGUGGCGGUGGUGUGAAAAAACAGCGUCCUCUCUCUCUCUCCCUAGCCCCCGCGCUUUUUUGCAUCACUUUUUACUCCACGACUGCGCUACUAUCUUGGAGUGGAGCCUGGAACAGGCUAAAGAAAGUUCUGCUUAGUAACUGGGAUAUGUCUGGGGCGUGGGUUACGUGACUUAAGAACGAAAUGAUUAUUUUUUUCUUCUUCUUUUUCUUCUUUUCCUCUUUCCAGGUCGUUUAUUCACUUUCAGAGCUACAAAUCUAUUUCUGAUAAAUCUGGAAUUUUCCCAGAUCUAGCUUCCACCACGUCCCUCAUGUUUGGACGAGGAAGCUUUAGCAGUGUCGACGCACCCAGUAAUGCAGACGAAGUGGAGUUGGGUUAGUAGGAUUUUGCUCCUUACAGCUUUCCGCUAAGGCCAGCACAAACCAAGGGUGGGGAAAGGGUUUUUUUGAAGGGUCAAUGUCCUUUAUGUGACAAUCACCGUCGUAAUUGAAUUAAAAAUUCCUGUCGCGUGAACAAAAUUUUGCUCCCGAACAUGUUGCGCGUGAUAAAAGCGGCACGAGAGACAUGUUGUGGCAAAGAGACGUCAAUACAAAACAUCCCCCUAGUGUGUCCCUACAUUAUGUUCAGACAACAUGUCCCCAGAACAUGUCCUUCUAACUUGCCGUGACAACAUGGCCCCACUACAUGUCCUUCUAACUUGCCGUGACAACAUGGCCCCACUACAUGUCCUUCUAACUUGCCGUAACAACAUGGCCCCACUACAUGUCCUUCUAACUUGCCGUGACAACAUGGCCCCACUACAUGUCCUUCUAACUUGCCGUGACAACAUGGCCCCACUACAUGUCCUUCUAACUUGCCAUGACAACAUGUCCCCACAACAUGUCCUUCUAACUUGCCGUGACAACAUGGCCCCACUACAUGUCCUUCUAACUUGCCGUGACAACAUGGCCCCACUACAUGUCCUUCUAACUUGCCAUGACAACAUGUCCCCACAACAUGUCCUUCUAACUUGCCGUGACAACAUGGCCCCACUACAUGUCCUUCUAACUUGCCGUGACAACAUGGCCCCACUACAUGUCCUUCUAACUUGCCAUGACAACAUGGCCCAACUACAUGUCCUUCUAACUUGCCAUGACAACAUGGCCCCACUACAUGUCCCUACAACAUCUCCUCGCAACAUGUCCCAGCAUUAUGUCCGCUUAACAUGCCCCACAACAUUCACCACAAGGCUUUGUUGCGCUAAACAUCGUCGUUGUGAAUUGUUCUGAGAAAUAUCGCGUUAAAGCUUUUGCUUUCUGGACGUUAUGGUUGCCGUCGUCGUCUUGCCACCUUCAUCAAAAUUUUUGGUACAUUUCUCUGCCGUCCUCUGCAUAACCACGAGAUAAAAUUUCGUCAUGCAACAUUUUACGGAAGUUACAAAUAUACGGCGAAGAGUUUUUCCUUUUCCUCAUGCCUCGUUUUACAGAGGUUGCAAAUAUGCCGCGAAGAUUUUUCCCUUCUUUAUUUCAUUUGAACUGAAAAUUUCCCAAAUUUGACGAAUUUAGCGAGUUGUAAUUUUCGCGUAACAGUUUGAAAGAAUGCAAAAUAAUUUUAUGUCUGUGUUGUCGUUGCCAUAGUUUCGCCGAGAAGCUUCUCAAAGUCCAAAGAUUUAACAAGUCCCUUGCCCGCUAUACGUCCGUGCACCUGCGGGAGAGUUCUAAAAAAAAACUUGGCCAGUUUUUUUUUAGUGAUUUCGGUUUAUGCUAAUCCGUCUCUUACCUUUUGAAAAAAUUAUUACUUAAAACGCGGCUUAAAGAGGUUUUUUUUUUCACAACGUUAACACUUCCUGUAUAGACAAACAGACGAGAGCCACAUGGAUGCCUUUCGUCCUAACAUACACUACGAUUCUUGACUAGUUCAGCGACUCUGAUAUACUUUGACUUUGCCCAGUAAUAGGGACAAUAUACAUUUAGUGAGACUGUAGUCCAGAUUAUCGUUAUUUUUGUAGGCACGACCUUAUGUAGCAUUUGGACCGUAGUUUGUAUUUGGUGGAAAUUAUUGAAGUUUGUUUUCUUUUGGCUUAAUGAGCAUUCAAUAGAUUUCAUUCACAGAUCUCCAGCUCGUUUUUCAGUAACACGCUCAUAUUGUUUGUUUUUGUUAACAUCGUGACCUCGCAAAUUUUUUCAAUCAAAAUUUUCUGUGGGGCUCAAACAAAGUUUUUGUUUUAUGAUCAGGGGCGUUUUGAAAUUAUUGACGGUUUUGAGCAAGAGCAGGUACUGUAUACUUUCGAACUAGUGCCUUCUUUGGAGAAAAACAGAGGUAAACGGCAGAAAUAAGGCGUAGUAUUGUAUUCAAAUAAGCGCCCUUCUCUUAAAAAAGAAUGCGGCGCUUAUUUGGAGAACUUAAACUCUAGACUGUCAGUUCGUUAAGUAUUGUAACGCGAAAAAAAUGCAAAUAAACACGUUCAUUUGACGUGAAAAAGGAACAUCACUAAAGAAUUUGUUUUGCAGUGGUGACAUUCCUGGAGAGUUCUUAGUAAAUGAAACAUUCAUCCUGAUGGUGGUCUGACAUAUCGUUUCAUCUCUUGUUUUUGGAUUUAGAGAAGAGGCGAAUUUCUUGAAUCUCCGCCAUCUCGCGUGCAACUUUAAUUCACUUUAGUUGGGCUGUCUAUUAUAUUGGGGUGGUAUCCCCUUUAGCGUCUAACCCUUAGAUCGGGUGUCUACUUUCUAAGCUUUCACCUAUCUUCUGUGGUCAAAGGCGAUUACAUCUUAUGGCAGUCCUUCCUUGGAAAACUCGAUCCCUUUCAAUAGUGCGUGCCUAAACAGAGUGGAUUUUUACUUUUUUAGCAGCAAGGAUGGCACAGUUGGUGGCCUUCGGUGCGCGGGGUCCGAGUUCGAUCCCCAGUGACAUCUCAUCGUUGUUUUGACUUCUCUCUUUUCUCAAUAGCUUUAACUUGCUUUAAUUUCCCUUAAAACGGAGCGUUCAUGAAGAGAGGGCUUAAAAAUAAGCGCACAGCUCAAGUUUAUCAGUUGAAUUACUGUCACGAGUUAUCAAUGUAAAAUACGGUUUUGUUUUACGUGUUUAGUUGCCGAGUAUGUAAACCGUUUUACACACUUGAUACUUUUUACAGCCUGUUAUUUUUUGAAAAAAAAAUUAACUGUUUAACUUUGGUUAACGACAGCGACUCGCCUCAGUUUACGAAUAAACACCUCCACCUUAGCUGCACUGAGCUGCUUCAACUUCUUCAAGGGAUAGAAUCUAAGCCUAGUUUGGUUUUACUGAUUUUAAUAGUCCUGCCUUUAAACUUCGCUUAUUGAGGUUUAGCCUUUUAGUACAUCAUAAUGCGUCGCGAUAUAAUUAUUGCCUGCCACGUUGCUGAUGUACGUAAUCUAAUUGCCUAAUCUGUUUGUCUACUUGUAUUUUUAUAGUACAGCACGCAAGCACGCAUUGCGGCCUCUAUUCGAGCAAAUGACUCUUAUUUCGCAACUGAAGUUGUAAUAGACCUCUAAGCGCAAGUAUUAAGCUUGUAUGUUUUGUUUUUCCAAUGAAGGUCUCAGAGGAGUUUGGCUGAUGUUGUUUCUUAAGAAUUCACGUGCAUAUGAACGUAAGAGAGCAAUAAGACGUAGUUCCUUAGAAUAAACUUCUCGUGACUUAAAUUGCGAAAACAAAACAUACAAACUAAAGAGGUCUAUUAAGACAUCACUUAUCACAUUGAAGUCUUUGACUUGGGUAAAAAUAACCACUUUAUUAACCUAAAGCAGUUUAUAUCAGUAAUACGUGCCAAAAGAUUCAAAGUAGCUCGUUUUAUCUCCAUAUUUCCAGUGAGUUCUAAUAAGUACCACACAGACAUUGGCUGCAUUUUCAGAUGGAUUAAAGAACAAAUUUCUGCUUAUCCAAUCAGUAUAUACUUGAUCUUCAUCUUAUUACAAAUAUUAUGUAAUUUCGACAUACUGAAGAUUUGUACGUGGCGUAUUUUUGCAGAGAAAAUUCGUUGAGAUUUUAUCUUUUUUGAUAGCACUGUGCAGUACUACCCGUUUCGCUUUCCCCUGUAGAAUAUUUUGAUCAAGUAGGUUUGUAGUGCGUUGACUUGGACUUAAGUAAUUUUUUAAUAUUUUGACUCCACUGCACAACAGCAACAGACGUUAUGCCAAAGCAAAUAGGUUAUUUAGGGAGGGCUUGGCUCAUUCGUCAGAUAUAGCAUUAUGUCAUUGCUUGUGUAAGACGCGCACAUAAAAUUUUUUAUGGGCAUCUUCCUGUUUCUAAGGGAGUAGUUAACACGGCCAGAACUUUGUUGAGUUAUACAAGUAUACAGGCAGGAAACUUAUCAAUGAAUUGACCCGAAAAUUAAAAGAGUAAAUUCUUUUAGGAAUAUUUCUCCAAGAGACUGGCGUAACUUCACUGCGCGUUGUCCCGGCUGACUAGUUCUCGCUUUCUCCUUGAACUCUGCGAGAGAAAAUUCGCAUAGCUUAAUUUAUUGACCAAUCAUGACCCAGCGGUUAGUCUUUAUGCCGUAGGCCCCAAUAUCUGGUGUUGUUGGUACACGCUGUGACAGAAAAUAACAUUGUGAGCGAUGUUUAUAAACAAAGGCGAGUGCUUCUCACUGUACUGCACGGGUAGUAAGUAUUCGGUGAUUUCCGCGGUCUUAUGCUGUUGACUUAAGGUGACGACGGUUGACUUAAGGCGGGACGAUUCGCAACGGCGAUUUUUAGCGCAACACAGCGUUACAAUAUUGUUGUUACAUUGUUUCAAAUGGCUGCAUUAUUGUACCAACAUUGCAACGCUGUGUUGCGCUAAAAAUCGUCGUUGCGAAUCGUCCCGUGUAACAUCACCUUCAGGCUCUGUUUAUCAUAACUGAGGUAUAACAAUGGGCAAUUUUAACAAUGAGCGCGCGCAUUGAGGCGAUUUAGUUAACUUGCCCUCACCAAUUAUUGCGGGCGCAUUAUCAAGUUAUUAGGUUAAAAGAUGAUAACAUUGAAACUUGUGUCAUCUCUUUUCAAAAAAACUGCGUUCCAGAACACACAAUAAAUUUACGAUCGUUAUUUAACUUGAAUUUUAUUUAACGGCACUUUCUAGUUGAGUUUAAGUUAAAGCCAUCUUUUGUAAAUCAGUAAAUUCUUCCACUGGAAUUUUUUAGUUUUUUUCGUCUGUUAAACUACGUAGUACACCUGUACUUUGUUAUUCGCAAAUAAGGAGUUUUAAAUUACGCCGCCCGUAAUGACAAGCAGUCGGACAUUUUUUAUGAUAAGUUCUACGGCGCUUUUUCGAGUAAAAACGGUACUGCCAGAUUUUUACCGAGGGUAUGGCAAUGGUCUGGUGAAUAAGGUACCUCGGUUAUGUUCUAAGGCCAUUGAUUCAUAUAAUGUCUUUUAGCAAGUCAGUUUCAAUUCCGUUCAGUAUCGUCUCUUGAUACACACUUGAAAAGGUUUGGGUUUGAGUCCCAUGCCCACGUCCCCCUCUAGGGAGGGGAGGGGGCAACCGGGCGGGUUUUCAAUCUUAAACUGAUGCAGUAUUUGAGCAGCGAAAAGAAAUACUUCUACUUUGGCCAGCAGCUCACCCAGACAGACGCGCCUUCCAGCGGAGAACGGAAGGUAGCUCAUCGUCGCUGGACUCACCACGUUGCCGUUCUUGUCCAGAAACCUCUCCGGAUCAAACUCAGAGGGGUUCUCCCAGUGCUUCGGGUCAUGAUGUAUGGCCCAUAAAUUGACUAUCAGAGUUGUGUCCUUAGGGAUAUUGUACCCAUUCAACUUGGUGUCCACAAGUGCCUUGUGGGGUACCCCCAAGGGGGCGACCGGUCUCAGACGAAGGACCUCUGCAAGGGUUGCUUCUAAGUAGGGCAGACUCUUGCGGUCUUUUAGACUUGGUAGGCGCGUGCGUCCAAUUACCCCGUCAAGCUCUUGAUGCACCUUGGCCUGGACUUCUGGAUGAUUGUUAAAGAGAAGGAUCAUCCAUAGUAGUGUAGAAGUAAGGGUCUCCGAACCUGCAGCAAACAUGUCAGCCAUGCUCAUGAGCACGUGGUCUUCCGAUAUCAGCGACUUCAGCUGAUGAUCGUCGUUCUCGGCGUCCUUCAUCACUUUAAUCAGCGCGUCAGUGAAUCCUCUGAUUUUGCCAGGCUCGUACGUCUCAAGCUGCUCCUUGUAUUUCCGAACAAGGAUUUUGUCUCUCUCGUUCACUGCUCUUUUUAAACGCCGGAUGUUUUCCGAGUCGAACGGCACGUGCUUCAGAGACGGAAAUAUGUCGACUAGAUUCCCCAGUCCCAGCGUUUCUGCAAACGUGUCGUUCAAUUCCACGACUGUGCGAAACUCGGGAUCCGUGGCGCUGUACCGAGAACCAAGAGUUAAUGCACAGAUGACAUUGAGCACUCCCAAACUUAUGCUGCAGUGCGGGUCGUGCGGCUCUUCUCCACUUUGGUCAAACUGCUGAAAGACUUCUUGAAUCUCUCUCAAAAUCACUUUUUCAAGUUUGUCCAUUCCUGCGCUGUAGAGCUUUAGAGCACCGUGUGCAAUCUUUCUCUGCAUUCUCCACGCCGGCGAGUAAUUGCCAAACGAGAUGGCAUGGCCAUUGUGCGAGAAUAUAUCUCCUGAAUGCACACUUGGCCUACCGGCGAAAUCGUUGACAUUUCUCAAGAGAGCAGCCCUGGCUGUGUUGAUGUCGCUCACAACAACGGCUCGCUGGCUUCCUAAGAAGAUCUGAAAGAUGCUGCCGUAUUUCUGGCUAAGCUUCGUCAGGUUCACCAGCGGUACUGUUCCCAGGUUGUACAGGUUUCCAACAAUAGGCAGAGCGAUUGGACCGGGUGGAUAAUUCAUUAUUCUGUUUACAAAACUCUGUAUUAAGCAAUAGAGAAACACAACACAGCUCACGAUGAUCAAACCUUCGAUAAGCAUCGUGCUGACUGUUGGACGAAACGACGAGUAGACUCGUUAAAGCUUCUAAGCAAGGAUAGCUUUCCCUUAAGCUUUUAAUUAAACCCUCUGCUUGAGUGAAGGAGGGGCUUUUAAAGAUGAAAUUUCCACCUUUAAUUAUCGCGGAAAUCCGGCAGCUUUCUAUCAGUGCUUAUGCAAAUCUCGCUGUUAAUUCAUUCUAUCCGCUUUCUCUAUGGCCGGUAUUGUCUCUUCAACUUAAACCCACGCCGCAUUCUUUGAUUCUAUAUUCAUCCAAGCAUUCAGUGACUCCAUGACCAGAAAGUAUCCGGUUUGCACUUACAAAGUUGUCAUUUUUGUGGUAAGUAUGUCUUGAUAGCGAGCGCCAGGCUUCUACAAGUCUGAGAGCAGCUCAAAACUAUUGUCUACUUAACACACACGUGCUUGGCUCGUUAUCCCUUCCGUUAAAUGAGGUGAUUUACUUCUAAAAGUUUCUAAGAUCAGUAGAUCAAAUCCUAAAGUUCAUCAUUUAGCUACGCAGAGCAAUUUUCAUGUGCUGCUGUUGCCUUUUGUAGCGUUUUACAGAACGUAAUUUGAUUUCUUUUUUUUUUUCGAAAUAGGAACUUGGCCACUUUGAAAGUCAAUGGUAAUGACCCAAAUAGGUUUACAAGAAGUCGAGUGACAUGCAAUUAAAGCAUGUAAAGUAUCCAAACAAUGCGGUUACACUUCGCGCUCUCGGUUUUGACACACACUUCAAUACAGUACUCAGUAGCAUCCAUUUUAAUAGUCGCACUUAAGGAUUUCAUUUACAGAGUCAAACAAAAGUUAGAACCACUUUGUACAGCUUCAUCACUACCAUAGGAAAAUAAUGCUAAGUAUAUAGCUCUCAUUUAAAUGGAACGUCUUGCCUUUCAAACCAUUGUACGGAAGUUCGUCAUAGACUAAACUAAACUUUAAGAAUGCAUCCGUUGUAAAGAUUUUUCGACCCAGUUUAUGAUGAAGUGAAGUGAGUUUACUAAAAAAAAGUCACUGAGCAGUACUUUUCUGUGGCACUGAUUGUUAUCCUGUACAAGGUGGUUUUAAUUUUUAAGUCUGCGAGUGAAAUCUGUCGGCGUAAUCCUUCAAACAGAAAAUCUCUUGAGAAGUACAGUUCUGUGGUGCUUUAAAUUGAGCUGUACAAAGUGAUUUUUACUUGAUUCUAACGUGGGUGAAAUGCUAAGGCAGUGUUCUAUUUAUAUGAAAUUUACUAAGCAUUCCUUUCCUUAAGUGUUACCAUACAAAUGCGAGUUACUUAGCCCGAGUGAGUGCUUUCCUGUGGUACCGUUUAUUUUUUCUUUACAACGCGUUUAUAACGUUUGAGUCUAACACUGGGUAAAAUCUUAAAAAGUGAUUCCCAAAAAUAAAUAUUUUAUCCACAUUUCACCAUUCUAGUGGUUCAGAAUGCAUCAAGUCGGUCAAAAACAUUAACUUGGGCGACAAAAAAAUUGUGACUGUUAGUUCUCAGUCAAUCUCAAUUACAUUCCAUAGAUUCGGUCUCCCUUUUUAAUGUUGAGCAAUUAAUUGAUUAUCUAAUAUCCGCUUUCGUUUGUAAUUUAGUUGGCAAAUGAAAGGUUUUCUUUAACAAACGGGACUCUGUAAAGUGCGGAUCCGGACGGCGGAUCCGGACGGCGGAUGCGGACGGCGGACGGCGGACGGCGGACGGCGGACGGCGGACAAUAAUAAAAAAAUAAAAAAAUAAAAAUAAAAUAAAACAAAAUAGACGUAUAAAAUAAAUAAACGAGAUAAAUGAAUAAGACGGCGGACGGCGGACAAUAAUAAAAAAAAAUAAAAUAAUAGAAAUAAAAUAAAAAAUAAAAAUAAAAUAAAAUAAAAUAGACGUAUAAAAUAAAUAAACGAGAUAAAUGAAUAAGAAAACAUAAGAAAAGCGAGAAAUAAAAAAAAAAAAAGAGAAAAUCAUUAUUAGUCGAGACAUUCUCCAAUCACUGUCGGAAUCACUGUCGGAAAUCUUCGGAGAGGAGUCAAACAGAGUGGCCAGACACGUGGCUGGCUCGGAUUUCACUAGCAACUCGUGCGAAGAGAAGAUCUGUUGUUUUGGUUUGCAGAAUUUUGGUUUGUUGUUUUGGUUUUGCAAAAUGAACAAGAGAAGCUACGCUGAUGUAGUAUCUGGAAGUGGUAAGUUCAUCUUUGCGCAGUUGUCUGUUUUAUUUGGUGUUUGGUGUUUGCCGCAAUGCUUUAUAUCUCUUUCAGGGUCAUCGGAAUCAGAGUCAGAGUUAUUGUGCAGGCAAGUAACCUUUUUAACCCUUUUAACCUUUAAAACGCGGACUUUUAGUGUAGGAAAUUUGGUUUUGUGGUACAAAGUGUGGUAGAAAAUGUGGAGUGUGGAAAAUGCGAAGUGUAGAAAAUGCGAAGUGUGGUAACUGCAAACUGCACUGCAACUGCACUGUAACAGCAGUGUCAUAAUAUUUACAAAUUGAUCAGUCCGGCCGGGAACUGUCACAAAUGGUAUGCCGUUUUUCUGAUUACAGCGCAAAAACAGUGCCGGAUUCAUAGUGGAAACAAGCGGACGAGAGCGCCAUAUGUACACUUCAGAAAAUAAUUAUUUCUUGUAAAAGUACUGAACCAUGCAUAUGUCAAACGACAGGACAUAACGUCCUGCCUAUUUUUAACUCAAGUGAGCAUAUGUUAUGGGUGUUCUAACACCCUUAAACCGGGAGGGCAGAUUCCGCUUCCUCCUCAUGAUCUAGUCGUAGCCUCCAACAUGAUGCGAAGCUUCCAGCACGGAGGGCAAAUGAGGAGCAAGCAAAGCAAUGUAUAUUUUCAUUGUAGUGGUGCCUGUAUUAGGGCUAAACAGCCAUAUUUCUCUCAUUGUAGCAUGCCAUGGUUUAUACGUUCUUCGCUAACCGAUCAACAGCUUGACUUUCUCAGUAAAAUGUUUCCAGUUUAUGCCCUUCCGUGAAUUGUUAUGUAUUGUACGUAUAUAGUGCAACACCAUUGGCCCGGUUAUUUUUCCGAUUCUGAAAACGGACGGCUAAAUAUCUCAAUAUGUACGAGUAGCGAUAGAAAUCUGUUGAACAUGGAUACGUCUUAAUAAAGUUUUGUUUGUUUGUUGGACGAAGGUUCUUCUCCUCUGUUGACUAAAUAUAGUACGCUGCAGCAUAUUAACAUGGUACCAGAGUCUUCGCUUUGUACUUCUUUACCGCCACAGACAAACCUAACAUUUUUUGAUUUUGUUUCGCUUGAGAAAAGAGCGAUGAAAUUGUUGGACUUAAAUAAAAAUAAAGCAAUAGCUCUUGUGUACGUGGCCACUGGUUCCGUUUCGAGUCCUGGUUCCUUUCGUAUCAGUGGACAAAAGAAUUUUGACAGAUAAAAGUGUAAAUUAAAGUUACUAAAAUUAGGCGAAACCUCGCGACAUAGCCCCUUUAAGUCAUUCCUCUAAAGAAUAACUAAAAUAAAUAGAUAGCUGAAUUUAAAUGGAAUUUGAAGAGGUUUAAAGAAGGGAUAGAAGAAAGAAAAUGAUUUUUGGAACACCAACAGUUGAUACACACAAGAGCACUCCGGGUUGCUAGUGAAUAUUUCUUAUUUCUCUAAAGUUUACAAAAAUUUACAUCUUUUUCUCAUUAUUCAGUCUUUUUUUUUCUCAUUAUUUAUUAUUUACGUCUAUUUUAUUUAUUUUUAUUUUUUAAAAUUAUUAUUGUCCGCCGUCCGCCGUCCGCCGUCCGCCGUCCGCAUCCGCCGUCCGGAUCCGCCGUCCGGAUCCGCACUUUACAGAGUCCCUUAACAAACCCAUGUCAAUAUCGCUAUUUGCGGGGAACACGUUAUUAAAAAUCGCUUUGUGCGUCCAAUACAACAAUACAUAUCAGUUCUCCUUGACCAUCCAGAUCGAAUGUGAAAGAGUUCAAUUUUGUUCGGUGCUUUUAGAGCGGUUUUCACUUGACUGUCGAAAGGGAUUGGUUUUGGUUUUGGUUUUGGUUUUACUACGCCCUUUGGUUGGCUAGUGUAUUUACUUUGGUUUUGGUUUUACGACAGUCAAGUGAAAACCGCUCUAUGAUAUUGGUCUUUUUUGCACUUUCUUUUACUUUCGGUUUGUUACCAAAAUCCUUGAGCGUAAUAUUCAAAUAUUCUAGGAUUGGAAUAUAAUUGGACUUUGAGGCCUUAAACAGACCGGAAGCUGUACGCACACUCUGCGAGCCUUCUUAAUUUGUGUGUUUCGUAUACAAAGUGAUUUAUCUAAAAGACAAAAUUAACCCGUUCUCGGACAACCUGGCCGUGCACAAGUUAGAUGAAAUAAAAUAUAUCCAUGGCUGGAGACGUCUUUGGAAAGUCUGACAAGCGCACAUCUGCUGUAAAGCUAUCUUAAUUGAUGUAACACCAUUCACUUCAGACUGUAUUAAUUUUCUAGGUCAAUAUGCCAAUUGUCUCGCGUUUUAAUUUACCAGCUCAAAUUGAUAACCUUUUACUAAAGCGUAGAUCUCGCUGAUUGCUAUCUGUUUGUCUCGGUUAAUCUCUCAGCAAACUGAGGCGAGGUUGAACGAUCACUAAGUACUUGAUCUCGAUUUAAUUGGGUUAAGAGCUUUGCAACAGACGUAGAAUUUGAAGUGUAUUUUGUCAUAUCGCGUUAAAUUUCUCUCAUCAUCAACACACUCUGAACAAUUAGGACUAAAAAGUGCAGCCCUCCUGCUUAAGAAAUAUCUUAUUAAUGCCCAUAUUUUAAAACUUCGACGAUGGUAAAUGACCCAAUAAAAAAAGGUUUGUCAGAGGUAGAUUUAAAAACCUUCUACCACCGUACUCUGUGUUUCGGUUUUCCAACAUCUCUGUUAUCUAUUCACAUGAGCAACAAUGUUUUAACGGAAACAGCGUUGAUAACUGUUACAACAAAUUUCAUUCGAUUUUUUUUGUCCAUCGGUCAUCAUAAUGCAAUAAAAGUCGUCCGCUCUGUUUAUCGAUUGUUAUCGCUUUCUUAAAAAUCAAAUUCCGGGUCCUGGCAUCAAAUUUUGAUCGUUCGAUUUCCUGUUCAAGUUCCAGCCAUGGUUCAAAUGUUAAUUUUCUUUUCAUAAUUCACUAAUUGUCUUUUCAGUUGUCUUGUAUUACUAAAAGGUCCAAGUUCAAGUUUUGCCCAAACAAAUUUUUCUUUUAAGUCUUUUCUAAUUUUUGUUUUUCCGUUCCAAUGGUUUUCAUCAGCCUGUCCCGCGUUUUGCUCUCCAACACGACAGCAAUCACCUCAUGAACUUAGGGGGCAGGCAUGGACGACAGUGGACACGCCAUUCGUUCAAUGAAAACAUCGGAAAACAUUAUUGAAAAACCGACUCAAACUUUCUCCUAACCUGCGAUCAGGCUAUUUUUUUUUUUUUUUUUUCAAGGGCGGACGAGGCGAGAGGAAAAAAAAGAGAGAGACAUAAAGGGAAAAUAGGGAGAGGGCAUGAUCUCAGGCUAGCUUUCUCCUGAUUAUUCUAACUCGUUCCGUUAUUUAUUUUCCGUUAUUGUUGGUAGCCGAAGAAAGGGGACCACGUCCUAGCUCAAAUCGAUAUAGUAUAGUUUAUCGCCUUGCCAUUUGCGUUCCUAGGAAUUGUCAUAUACAGAGAACAGCGGGGAAAAUUUACAGAAAAGCGUGUUGCCUGUGCAGAGUGUUUUGACACGCUCGAUUCACGAUAUGAGUGACUCAAACUAUAACUUGCUGUUAGGAGUCAUGUCCUGUCUUAUUUGGAAGACAGAAAGUUUCGACGUAGGACGGGGUCUUACCAACUGGAAACCUUGUCCUUGUUGAAAAUAACCUGCGUAGUAAGCGUUUCCGCGCGUGUUCUUCGACAAAGGUGGGACGAGAGCAAAAAGGAGGAAUCAAAGGGGAGGGUGAUCAUGAUAAGAAGAAGUUUUUCCUUUUCCCCUCCCCCCUUCCUCUCCCUCACUCCAACUUUCGCGCAAUAACUCGAGUGCAAACGCUUGCUACGUAAGCUAUGUUGAAUACGAAUUGCAUGAAACUUGAAGAAGAUAUAGGGUAGAAAUUUGGAGUCUAGAUAUGCUUUCAUCAAGGUAUAGAGCAGGGGUAGGGGCGUUAGAUCUCAGCGGAUAGCAGUACCCCCUCCUUGCCCCCACCCCACACCCCACAGCCACGCAUUUCUAUAUAGCCAGCAAAAAGAAGAGUGGCCUUUCUUCCCCACAGGCCCAGUGUACGUUACAUGCCCAGAUUUCAUCGCAGCCUUGUUUUUUUUGUAGAGUCUGACACGUCGGCACCUUUAAGAAGGCUGCUAAAACGUUUGAUUAAAGUAUUUUAUUUUAUCCAGUCAAUAUUAUUUCUCCUAUGUGUUUAUCAAAAUUUAUCAAAUAUUUAGAUUCCGUGUAGGUUUUGCUUUGCAAUCACCAGAUCAAAAAAAAACUCGUGAAGUAAUAGCAUUAAUGCUUAUGUUUUUUCUUGCGAUUACCUUUCGCCUUCGUUAAAUCUGAGACGUUUCAAACAGAAAAUGCACGCUUCCAGGCCGACCGAGCGGUUAAAUUCAAUAUUAUUUUUUUACAGCUUGGUGAUAAAUCAUCGUAGAUUACUGCGUGUGCAGAUAAAAUCUUAAUGUGCGAUCACCAGAAUUGAAACUUUUGAGGGUUUUUUCCUUCGCUCGGAUUUUACCAACAAGGAAUUUGUAAAGAUUAAUCCUUGUCAGAUGUUGUUCUUUAAUUUCGGGGCACAGUAUGGAGAAAAGAUUUGUCUUCAUAAUCACGGCUUAUAAGUAAAUCUCCUUAUACGUUCUCUUAGCAAAGUUGUCUUAAGUUUCUUGCACACAAAACCUCGGCGUAUAAGGAUAACUAACAUUUAUUUCUGCUGCUCAUGCUUGUAUAUUUUUUUAGUUCCGGAAUUUUUCUGUCAGUUAUUUCUUCACUUUAUAAGUAGAUUUUGAUUUUACUCUGUUCUGUUUUUCGUUCAUGUGCAGUGAACCACGGAAAUUCGUUUUAAUAGCGCUCGUGUUUUGCAAAUCUACUUUCUGUUGUGUAUAAAAACAGUUCUCAGUCAUUCCGGUGAUAGAUUGAACACCCUACACGUGCCCAUUUUUCCGUUGAAUAUUUCCCUCCAAAACCACUUCCGAUCCUCAGUUUGUGAUAAAUAAAGCAGUUUUCCGUUGCUUCUACUGAUCCGGAAAAGCAAUUAUUCGUAUUUUAAGUACAUGUAGCUGCGGUUUAAUGGGCUAUUUCCUAGUUUCACUGAAAUUCCUUGCUUUUUUCCAAAGUGGGGCCAAGUGUCUUAGCGAGUUCAGUUUGCAUGGAAAUGAAUUAAAUGUUUUCUUAUUGGUUUGCACAUACCCUCGUCUUGAAAAGGAGGCUCUGGACACGGCAACUUAAAAAGCCCAACUGAAAUAAAAAAAUAAAUAAAUAAAUUAUAAGAGCGAUUUUCGUUUGACCUUCAAGUGAUUCCGUGCGAAAGAAAAAACCAAAACAACAACAAAAAAACAAAAUAUAGAAAUUUGAUUAGUUUAUCCAAAAGACACAAACGUUCGCAGUUGUUUGUUGAGUAAACUCGCAACGUAUUCCCAGCUGACGAACAAUGGGUGGAAACGAAUUUCCAUUAUUUUGAACAAGACAGGGUUUCCCAUUGGCAAGCGAGCGGUUCUUUUUUUUUUUUCUUUUUUUUUUCAUAGGGUUCUCUUUGACGAGUACGGGUGUUUUCAUCUAUUUACUGACAAAACAAGUAACGAACGAUUUCGUAAACCAUUUUUCAAGGUAAACCGAAAAUCGCUCUAAAUAAAUAAAGCGUUUCAAUAUGAAAGCAGACGAUUAAAACUAGUAGCCUUGUGACUUUUCACGCGUGUAGGACCCGCUCCACCUUUUCCCGCCUUUUUUGAGAGUUCGAUUUAUCUCUUUUGCAGCCGUUUAGUAUUAUAUCGCGCCUACCAACGGUUGCUUCAAGUUCUCAUAUUAAAGCAGUCGCCCCAUUUAAACGAAUUAAUUUGCUUUUGGAAUCUGGAAUCCUAGGCUUUGGAAUCAGGAAUGCAGCUCAAGGAAUCCGGAAUUCCACUAACGAUUGGAAUCCAAUCCAAUUUUCGGCGAAAAUCAGACUAUUUUUGUUUUGACUGGGCCUUUUUUUGUAAAGUUUCUGGGUUCCUGGGUCGUUUGAAUGUAAGGUAUAAUAGUAAUGUCACUCACUGGUUGUUGUCGCACUUGUUGCUGCUAUUCUUUUUCUUCAACAAUAAGUUUAAUCUCGAACCCAGAUCUCUUGUUUUUUUUGUUUUUUUUGCUUUGUCAACAAGAGAUCUGGGUACGAGAUAAACAAUAAGUUAAUUUCAGAGCAACUAAACCUAGUGAGGAAAGCAAACUAAAGCAAUACUUACGAGUCAGGUCCUAGUUGUUCAAAGCUGGAUAGCGCUAUCCACUGAAUAAAAGGAUAUCGAUUGCGCUUUCCAGUGGAUAGAUUUACGCGGUGGGCAGCGUUAUCCGCUAUCACAGUGAUAUGGGCAUCCUUACGUUUUGGGCAUUCCCAUUCCCAAAACUCUAGUGAUAUGGGCAUCCCCUGUGACCCUAACCCUAACCCAAAUCGCUAAGGUAAUAUGAGAAGGGGAUGCCCUUAUCAUUAGGGUUUUGGGAAUGGGGAUGCCCAUAUCACUGUAACAACGCCUUUUGAACAACUGGGGCCUCACCGUUUAAAUCAUCGAAAACUGCUGUUAACUACUGUGCAUGAGAAAGAUGAUUUUUCAGAAAGUAAUACAGACGGCUCGGAAGAACAAAUCCGAGUGCUCGCAAUGGGAGUCGAACGUUUGACCUUCUGGUUACUAGUCCAGAUUCUCUAAAACUGUGUUAGUAUUUUCAGUCUAUGUAAUCUGCGUAGAAAGCGUGUUCGAUUGAGUUAUUGCGCAAAAGGGAGAGCGAGAGGAAAUAAAAAUUGGAAGAAGGGGUAGGGUCAAAGGGGAAUCAUUUUCUUCUCUCCCCCUCCCCCUUCAUCUCCCGUUUUCGCUCUUAAUCCAACUUUGUUUCGACGAAUUCCGGCGGAAACGCUUGCUACGCUGGCUAUUGUAUGUAAAAUAGAGAAAUAGGCCAUUUUGACUUUGCUUUGCGCAUGUUUUUCAGGAAGAGGGCGUCCAUUUCUAGAAAGACUGCGGGCUCAAGAGGAGAAGGACGAAGUGAUGCAGGCGUUGGAUGAGUACCGUAAACCAAGAGAUGCGCUGCUGAUACUGGUGUCAGAUUAUAUCAGGAUAUGUGCGCCGCGGCUCGAGGAACUCGAGGAAGCUUUGCCACCCCGACACACAAUUCCUGAACUGCUUGACAGCAUCAGUGUUAACGUAAGAGUCACCAAUAAAUAGUUGGUCUUUGUAAAUUUUUAUGACACCUCUUUGAAUUAAUCACGUGACUUACCUUAAUUUUUCUUGUCCCAGACCCUCUCCGAGAUUGUUUACUCUUUGUUGAAAUUGGCUGUGUACGAUCCUGUGACUUUAUCCUGUCUCGGAUUAAAAAGGUAAGAAGUGUUAGAUAAAACAGCAUCUCAAGGUAGUGCUGUCAUCUAGGGUUCAUUUAAAUGGUCACUCGCAAAACUUAAGUUAGAACCACCUUGUGCAUCAUGAUUACGACGGGAAGUACUGCUCGGUAGCUUUCAUUUCAGUGGUUACACUUAAGAAUUUCAAAAGCUAGAAGCUCCUUAUACAACAUAAAACAUUACCACGGGAAGUACUGCUCAUUAGCCUUCAUUGGAAUGGUCAUACUUUAGGAUUUCAUCCACAGACUACAAAGCUAGAACCUCCGUAUACCGCAUAAUAAACAGCAGUUGUUCGAAGGCUGAUUAGCGCUUAACCUAGGGUUAAAUUUAACAUUUUCUAAAUUAUUCUUAAGAGUAUCCAAUCAUUAACCUGUUGACCGAAAGAAUAGAACUGAAUUUACUUUUUAAGCUUUCAAAUGGGUUAUCUUAAUCCAGCUUUGAACAACCCGGCCCAGAAGAUUAAGUACAAUUCAGUAGCUUUCAUUUGAACGGUCACACUUUAGGAUUUCAUCCGCGGACUCAAAAGUAAGAAUGCAAUAUAGAGCAGUUCACGAAAGUAUUACCAAGUAGCUUUCUUUUGAAUGGCCAAACUUUAGGAUUUCAUCUACAUACUCCGAAGUGAAAGUGCAACAUUCAGCACCUCACGAAAAUACUGCUCAGUAGCUUUCUUUUAAGUAGUGAAUUUAAUUAUUUUCAUCCUGAAACUGAACUUUGGUGUCUUCAGGUACAUGACAGAAGCUCUUCCUCUUCUAAAAGGAUCCCCGGAGGCCCUAGAGACCGCCAUGUUACUCAUCCUUAAAAGAGUGAACAAAAUGUUCGAGAAGCUCGUCAACAAACCUGAUUUAAUGGUGAGAACAGCAUACCGUCUUUGAGUUUGGGCAAGCCUUCAGCUUAUUUUUACUUGCGGCCGAGAAAACUCGCGAAAUAGCCUUGAAAUAAACGGUACUAUCAAACGAAGAAAUCACCACCAAACAGGAUUUCAUCAACAGAAAUGAAUAAGAGAUAAAGCCUCCUUGUACCAUAAACAGAUAGGAACAGAGAAGAGUAUCGUUCAGUAGGUUUCAUUUGAAAGGUCACACGUAAGGAUUUCAUCCACAGUCAUGAAAAUUAGAAUGACCUUUUACAGCGUAAUUAACUGCACCGCAGGAAAAUACCUCUGCGUAGCUUCGAUUGAUUGCUUAUUGGCCACAGUGAAUCAUACGGAAGGAUCUUAUGAAAGGACCCAAACAUUAGAACCGCACCACACAAAAUGUAACCUUUUAGAUGGCGUCAAACGGUGCGAGAAAUGAGGAACAGUUUCGACUGGUGAACAAUGCUCUUGCCUUUUGUUGCAAGACACUCAUUUAGUAAACCUAUUUUCAGUCUCUUUGUAUUCUCUCAGUCAUAGAGUCUUCGCUGUUUAUUCGUUUCGUUUCAUUUCUUUGUUAAUUUAGAGGUGCAUUGAUUGGAAAGCUUUGGAGUUUUAUCUGAAAGGUAAUGUUCAGUGUUAUAGCCAUAAUAUUUGUGUUUUAGUGUAUUUUCAACGUAGCGUACUCUGUGGUAAGGUGUACAGUACUGUAUCAUGAUCGGCAUUGUGAGUCGCCUCGAGUACGAGUUUUGCAUUCUUAAAACUUGCGCUCCAAAUAUGAUUUGCUUUGAAUGAGAACAUUUGGAUUCAAAGUAGACGUAAUUUUAAAACUCAGUUCAAAUCAUCCAAAACCGCAUUGGUGAAGUUAACAUAGUCUGUUCCGUGGAGUUAUUUCAUUAUAGGGAUGUGUUUCAAGUACUUUUUUUUUUUCUUACCGGCAGGUCUUUACUCGACUCUGUGUAAAAGAGCGUAUGUAGCACACUCUCCUUAUAUGAAGGUAAAACGCUUCCCUUAAUAACUACAAAAAGGCGUCAGUGCAAGAUUCUGGGAAACUGCCCACCUACGCCUCCCCUAAGGCAAUAUUUUGUCCCAAGUAAGAAGUUUGUGUUAUAUAACGUCGUUUAUAAGGAGGGGUAGGUGGGAAAUUUGCAACAAACAGGCCAUGGCCCUGGUGCGAUUACUUUUCAGUGUGAAAGCAAGUUUUCAUUGACUUGUGUUGUUACACUCUUUUUCGUUUGUCGGAUUGUUUGGAAACUAUGCCUUGUUUUGAUAAGAAGCUGAAGGCAGCUCGAAAACGGUUAUGAGAAUCGCAGAAAGAGUCGACUUCUGUAUCGAGGUCGGCCACUACAGUGAAGCACUAAAAUCCUACGACAACAGUCGUUUCAUCCUAGUUUCACUUUAUAACUUUUUGUGUCAGGAAAAAUAGACUGAACUUUUUCUAUAGCAUCGCUCGUAAUACUAGCAGCUGCAAAAGGUGUUAUAAAACCACGUGUCUCGCUGGUUCGCAACCAUCUGCAAACCCUUAGGCUCACCUUGUCGCAAAGGCUGGAGCAGUUGAAAGUUUCGCCGGUUAAAAAAAAAGUUUUGACUGUUGUUCCGCAGUGCAAGGCUACUAAAAUAUCUUUUUAGUCACGCCUUUGCGAAGACCCGAAGUUUCAGCUUGUAACCUUAUGUGUAUACAGAAUAAAUUAAUAUUUAGAAAACGCUUUUUAGUAAUAACGUUUAUUGCUUACCGAGGCGUUUUCCUAGUCGUGCUUGUGUAAAUAUUUCCUUCCUCGGCCCUUUGUCAUAAAGGGAAUGGUUGCAGAAAACUUGCUCAUUAUUUUUAAGGUGCAUUAUGCAUCUUAAGUAACCUUGGCCUUUUGCUACUUGUUAUGUUGCUGCAACUUCUUUAUUUAUAUCACGUGUUCAUUCCUAGACCCUUGUUACCAUCUGCAUCAGCCUUGUGCUUCAGGAGCGCGCAUCCGCAGCUGUAUCUGUCGCCGCCAAUCUACCUUUCGCGCCAAUUUUAUCCCCGCCUCAGUUCUUCGCGGACACGGUUAUUAAGCUUGCCUCGCGCUUGAUGCACGUCAUGAAAGAGCAAUGUUCACUUAAGGAACUGUGCGGAAACUCGAUCAACUUCGGCAGCCCUUCAAGGACCGAGAAGAUCUUCGUGCGCUUGAUUUUGCCGACAUGUAUCAGGCUGGGCUCAGGCCGAACAGGUAAGUUCCAAAAGAAUAAUAAUCUUACAAGGUAUUAUUUGAUGCUUUCCAGCUCUUUUAGAUGUAAUCACUAAGGUACCCGGCUAAUGAGAAGUUAGAAGUAGCCGGCGGGUUGCGAAAAGUUAGAAAUAAUAGAUGUGGGGAAGAUUCCACUACAAACAAUCUCCAGUUAGUCACAAAUGCUACAGAGCCGCAAACUGUUAAGCCUACCAACAAACGUUUUUGGAACUUCAUCACGCGUGCUGUAGUCCUAAGUACAUCUACGUGGGAGGCUGCAAACUGUUAUAACUGAUCAGAAAGUCGACCUGAUUUAUCAUUUACAGUUUUUACCUCAGUUAUAACAGUCUGCAGCUACAUAUGUUGCUCUGCUGAAGAAUUUCCCUGAAUUUUUCCGUAUCCGUAUUUCUGGUUCCUCCGUUCAACCUUUUGCUCUUUUUAAAGGGCUAUUGAUUGCUUCCAUGCAACUUCCGUUUUUGUCUGGAAUCGGUUUAUUGGAGCAAGUGACAUUCAUCCCAACAAAAAUUCUCGUCAUUAUACGUAAGUGUGCUUUUCGAAUUUGCACAGUACAUUGUAUAAAGGGCUUUAGCAAUACGAGGGUCCGCCCCAAAACAGUCCCCCCUUCAGGGCCCAACAAAAGUGCGGUCCUAUAGUCCAGGGCUUCUACAAAGACUUGUCGGCCUUGCAUUAUUACGGGUUGUCCGACAGGUAGGCAACAUUUGCCGAGACAAAGUAUACGUUUUUGAAGAAGGAGGUUGGUAGGCCUGCACGACUACACCAGGCUACUUAACUUCAGUAACACCUUACCGAAAGGGCAGCGACUUUUUUUUUGUUUUCAUUUCCUCUGCCUUUCUCAACUCUACAGACAUGUUGCCUGUUAUGACAAAGCUCUUUUGUUUCAGAUGCACCUAAAGCAUCACUGGAUGACGUCAUCUACGCUCUGAACUGCUUUCUUACAACAGUCACCACUAAGAAACCAGAGACUCCAAGCUCAUCCCCUAUGCGACUGUCUUUUGCCGAUGACUUUCUGGAUCUACCGCGAUCCCUGACAUUCGCAGUGCCCCACGAGGGGAAAACUGCAUAUGAAGAGAUCCCCCAGAGUUUGUAUUGUGCGGCAUAUCUUGGUAAGAUUCAAACUCUAAUGUUUUUGUAAAGGCAUUAAGCAGUGGAUCAAAGAAGUGGGAAGUGCAGUCGAAGCUGUUGUAAGCAACCACCUCGGAAAUUCGAAAAGGUGGUCGUAACUAUAGCUGGUCGCUUACGAGAAUGAACGCAAGGUCAAAGAAACUCAUUCAUAAUUCUUAAAGAAAAAACGAAAGAAAUUAAUGUUGAAUGAGUGUCUUUAUAUCUGAUAUAGAUAUGACUAAACUUUACGUCCAAUUUCUUACACCAUUAGCGCAGUGUACGGUUUCAUUAAAGUCUUGAUUGAUAUGAAUAACACUCUAAGGGCCUGUUUACAUGGAGGUGGGGGACCCCAGAUAGGUGAGGUAACAUGUGGCGGGUCACGCCAUUUAUACAAUACAAGACAAUACAAUACAAUGUUCUUUAUUUUGAGACGGUAGAUACAUGAUUAACCCAGUAAAGAGUGGCCCUCACAAUUGAUAUGAGAGAUUACAUGGACAGGUGGGUUACCUAACCUACCUUAGGUCCCCCACCUCCAUGUAAACAGUCCCUUUGUGGUCGCUGACUAGUCGCUUACGAAAGCUUAAAAACAAGGGGAAAGUUUAGUUGGAUAAUCCCAAAAGAGGUCACGGUCGCUCACGGGAGCGGUCGCUUACGAGAGCUUUUCAUUACAAAGUUUCAGCCACAGUUCAUAAAGGUGGUCGUAACUAGAGCUGGUCCCUUACGAGACUGGUCGCAAGGAGAGCUUCGACUGUAUAGCAUUCAUUCAUAUGGCAUAUAAUAGUUUCAGGCCCGCUCUGAAGUUUAUAUUGUGCGGCAUAUCUUCGUAAGAUUCAAUCUAGAAACACUCUAAUGAAGGCAUAACUGCGCUUUUCACAAACAUGCGAACUCUAAAGUUCAAAAGCUGCCUUCACAAUUGCGUUUUACGCUGCCGUCAAUCAUAAUUACGAUCACAAGCAACGAACCUUGAAACACGGAAACACACAAAAUGGAUUGAAAUCCACCAAUCACGAAUCACAAACCAUGACCUUUUGAACCCAUUAAAGUAAAGUUUUUGUUUCCUAAGAGGUCCGUUGAGAUGAUUGGCUGCAGCAAAAAACGCAAUCGUCAGUUGGCUUUUGAACUUCAGAAUUCGCAUGUUUAUGACAAGCGCAGUAAAGCAGUGGAUCAAUGAAAAGGGAAAUAUAAUCUUCAAUCAUAUGGCAUACCAGAGUUUCGGGCUUGCUCUGCUCUGAAUUUGGCCAUUAAUAUUUUGAAGGGGUGGGGUUCGUCCUUGAAUUUUGAAAGUGUUUUUCACAGUAAAUGGCACUGUUCCUUCAAUAUCGUUAAGCAAACUAUUUUUACCUCACAGGACUCAAGGUUCUUAUAGUUUGCUUUGAAGACCGUCUAGCUACUGAAUGGUAUCGGAUUUAUCAAGCCUUGGAGACAGUGGUAGACAGUCGGAUUGGUGAGAAUGUCCUCUUUAGUUUUUGCCUACGAGUAAGCUUUCUGCGGGUUGGGGGUAGGAUGUUACACGGGGAACUAACUUGAACCAUAGCCCUAUCAGUCUUCCCUGUUUUGUUUCCAUUUAUGUUCCCGUUCGCAGUUCCCCUUGUUAAUGACAUCCUUCGCCUCACAGAGACCUUGAGUAUUAACCAUUUUCAUGAGAAAACCGGAAAUUCCAUCCGGUUGGAGAAUAAAAUGGUUCGCGCGCAAUUGCGUUUGGGAUGCUUUAGGGAAGAUGGGCUUUCAUUUGAGGCCUUGCCAAAUUUUUACUUUUUAUGACCUCUCAGGCUGACUUGGGUAUACUUUGUAGCAGGUCCUUCCCCCGCGAGGUCAAUUUUAACUGCCGAAUGUUUGAGAAAGAGCCGAUUUUCGACUGGAUGAUUUGUGUAUUCCCUCUCGUUUGUAAAAUGGUGAGUGGUAAGCUAACUGACCGCGGUCAAACGCGAGAAAUUUGCAUAAGCUAAGCAAAUCAAUUCAUUGCUAUGUUCAACGGCCCGGGGCAGCACAACUCGCCCACAAACAUCAAAAAUCACGGCGACACGGUUGGCCGAGAUGGUUUGGUGUAAUAAAAUUUCAGUCCUCACUCCUGAAUAUUUACUUCCGUCUCAGUGGUUCCGGUCCUCGCUCCUACUUAUUUACUUCCUCGACGGGCCAUAUAGGUGUUCACACUGCACUAAAGUAUGGCACAAAACCUAUUGGAUAUAUGACGGUCCACUUUCGAGAUCGGCGCGGCGCAGGCGCGAUUUCUGUGACGGAUGAACGACGCUCCACAAUCUUUAUUCAGUGUGUGUGAACAACAGCCUUAACCGGUAUGGUUUGGGGCCAGCGCAAAAGCUAUCCGGUAGUAUAGUAUGAACACCUAUUCGAAAUGUGACUCUUCAGUUUAGAGAACGGCGCGGCGCAGCUUCUCCCUGUUACGGAAAUCGCGCUGAAAACACCGGUCUUAUAUAUGAACAGAAGCCCUGUGAUCCGGUAUGGUUUUCGCGCCGGCGCAAAAGCUAUCCGGUAGUAUAGUAUGAACACCUAUCCGAUAUGUGACUCUUCACUUUAGAGAUCAGUGAGGCGCGGCGCAGCUUCGCUCUGUUACAGAAAUCGCGGUGAAAUCACCGUUUUUAUGUGUGAACAGAAGCCCUAUGCGGUAUGGUUUGGUGCCAGCGCAAAAGCUAUCCAAUAGUAUAGUAUGAACACCUAGUCGAUAUGUGACUCUCCAGUUUAGAGAUCGGCGCGGCGCAGCUUCGCUCCCUUAACUGAAUAUAUUGCGCCGAAAUCACCGUUCUUAUGUGCGAACAGAAGCCCUACCCGGUAUGGUUUUCGCGCCGGCACAAAAGCUAUCCGGUAGUAUAGUAUGAACACCUAUCCGAUAUGUGACUCUCCAGUUUGGAGAUCGGCGCGGCGCAGCUUCGCUCCCUUAACUGAAUAUAUUGCGCUGAAAUCACCGGUCUUAUGUGCGAACAGAAGCCCUGUGAUCCGGUAUGAUUUUCAUGCCGGCGCAAAAGCUAUCCGGUAUCGUGUGAACAUAGGUCUUCACUUUCACGGCUCUAAAGUUUAAUGUACUACCAAUACAGUAAAACCCCGCGACUAAGAACCUGAAUUUUAAGAACCUGUUAGGCUAAAAUGUGCCAGUUAAGUCCCCUCUAUAAUAACAACCUGUUUAACCUAAAAUUUGAAACAGGCUCUUGUUUUCUAAAAUCUAUGAAAAAAUUCUGUACACUUUGGUUAAUAAGAUAAGUCAACAUUCAGAAUCCUCUUUGGAGACAUGGGUGCCUUAUCACUCCAACUGCAAUGCAAUGGUAUGCAGGUGUUAUAGUGAGGAAUACACUGUGUUGGAAGCUGAACCACUAAAUUCUCUUAUCUAUUGUUUUUGUUUGUUUGGUUGUACGGUUUGUUUUUUUUGUUAGAAAAUAAGAACCUAUUUAAGAACCUAGAUAGGCUAAACUUGUGCUAACUACCAUUUAUAUUGAGAAGAACCUGUUUAGACUAGCUAGGAAAAAUCCAGGUUCUUAUAGUUGCGAGGUUUUACUGUACGCUGUUGAUUUACUAAAGCAAUUUCCUUCUUUUAUUCAGGGAAUGUUGGUUUCUGGGACUUUAUGAACUUUUGUGUCUCAUAUAGAACACCUUUAUACCUUUUGACUAUACCGCUCAUUCGAACGAAGGUAAGGCUAAGCUUUUUUCUGUCAUUCUUAAUAUUUAAAGCUGAUUUUAGGCCAUCACUGGUCACAGCUUCUUGAGCUGAAAAGGGCCUUUUUACCGUGAUGUUUUUUUUUUCUAGAGGUCUAUCGAGUUCCACUUUCUUGUAUAUUUACGGACCGGGUAGAAAAACCUGUGUAUUGAAGGGUAUUGAACUUUAUGAGAAAACGAUCCGAAGCCAAUUAGCUUAUUAUUGUUGAAACGCUGAUAUGGAAUCUGGAAUCCUUCAUAACAAGACAAGUAAAUCAUUAGCACUUGUUUAAGGAAGUACUUCCUGUGAUCCGUUGCGUGUAUACUUUUUCUCUUUUAGGUAGUUCAACUUCGUCACACCAGUGCUGUUGAGCGUGCUCUUAAGCAGAGGGUGCUGGACAAGAUAUCGCAGCCGCCUCUGAUGGUCAACUGUCGGAAUACUCUCAUAGCUCACUUUGUGAACGAAUUAUCGGCCAUUAAGCAAAAGCGCCCAGCAGUAGGUUUACAGGACGUUGACGAAGAAGGGAAGCUGGAGGAAGAAGAGGAGCAAAAGGAGGAAAAAACUCUGACGCUGCAGCCGCCGCCUUCUGGGAGGGAACGCUCAUGCAGUGCUCCGGAAGAGCCAGCCACGAAGGGUCAAACGGAAGAAGGAAAACCCAGUCCCAUCAUUGUACGUUCUGCUAGCAUGAAAGCGAAAAAGUCGGUCUCUUUUUCACCCGCACCGAGCUUUGACGAGGAUCAGGGGUCGAUGACUUCCUCGUUGACUGACGUUGGCAAGGAAAAACGGAAAAAGCGGCUUCUGAGGAAACAGGACACAGUUGAAGAGCAGGAAACACAAACUGGCAAUUCUCUGUUAGAAGUGGAUUCAUCGGGUGGUGGUGGGCCGUUUGGGCAUCAACGGGGAGCGACCCUUAGACCCGGCAGGAAGUUAUCCAAGCGCUUGGAGAAAUUCCGGGCCGCCGCUGCGACUGUUAUUGCAGAAAGGAAAUUGUCCGCUGGCUUGUCAAGGAGCUCCUCUGUUGAUACCUCCAAACCCGUGGAGAACAAAUCCAAAGGGAUUGUUGAGGUCUGUGAAAGAGAACGGUUUGAAAUGGAAGCGUUCGUGGCAGAUGAUUAUAAACCUGCAGCUGUUUUCGAACAAAAACAAUCACAAGAGUCGUUGAAACCACCGAUUGCCAAACCAGAAUCUGUGAAGAUUUCUCUUUCUCCGUACGGCUCUCCAUUGAGACGUUCCCCAGUUGAAGAAGACGGCAUGUAUCCCGACGUUUUGGAAGCCAUAACGCCUCUCCCUCCCGUCCCUCCGGUUAAAUUUAGCUCUCAUGUGGACGAGAAGCACGAAUCAAAUUCAAUAAACGCGAGGAAUGGAUCGGUUGCGCCCGAGACCAACUUAACAGCGGAGUAUGAUGUAGAGCGUGCGCAACGACUUAGCCGGACACGGUGGUGGCAAAAAGUUUACGCUAGUGUUGACAUCUCUACAACUGAGGAAGAUACUCAGCGACAACACAUCGCUACGUCAGAUGAGCUCGAAAUUCAACGCGAAACAAAUGUGUGA